AUGGCAGCGGCCAGCAUUACCGGGGUAAGGAAGAUUGAUACAUUGUAACCACUAGAAAUGUCUGUAGAACGUUCGAAGCUUCAUUCGGGAGCUUUAUGGGCCACAAAGUAACGGUCUUGUCGUAGCCUUGACAUUAUUGUAGCGCUGCUUGAAUCAGUUUUCAUUCAUAUAAGCAGCUUUCCUAUAGUGUGUGUUAAAUGAAACGUGAGGCUAUCAUUUGCUAUCCUGACUAGCCUAUCAUUUGCCAUCCUGGCUAACUGAGACUUUCUCACAUGAACGAUUUCCUGCCCCUGUUAUCUUAUCACCUUCUUUCAUCUCAUUCGGUUAGUCUUCUUAAAUGGACUGCAUAGGCUAUUCCUUCACAUAAUGUUGCCUGCUAAUGCAUCUGUAAACAAUUGCUUGCUACAGCUACGUGGCACAUUGAGACGAUAACAUUACAGGGUCAUGUUACAUUUCACGCUCUUUUCUAUAAGGCUAAUCUAUUGCCGCAUAUGUCAAUCUUCUCCAUCGUGUCUUGUGUAGAGGAUGAGAAACGUCUUGUUGUUGUCGCUGCUCCUGCUGAACGUCCAGUAUGUCCAGUCCGCAUCGAAAGGCGUCUCUGCCAGUCUGAAAGCCAAGUGGAGCAUGACGCCUUUCCUCCUGGAGACAAGGUAGGCUUUACUGAAAAAAAUCUGCUCGAAAACAAAAACAUGUCUCCAGGAUAGCAUAGGCCUACUACUCAUGUCUCUCCUGAAUACCACAUAUGCAGGCCUAUCCAUUUUGUAAGCAGUAGGCUAGGCUACAUGUAUGUAGAUGAUGCUUUUGUACUAAUUACAAUAGAAAUAGGGACUGCUCCUUAUUCCACCGAAACGGCUAAACUUUAUAACUAUGUAAUUACUAAAGUACAAUGUGUAGUAAUUACAGUGUUACUAUAAGACAGGUAUAAGAGCAACUUAAUGUAACAUGUUGCAGUUCCUCAGUCAUAAUGAACUUACAUUUUCCUGUUAUCAUAACUUUUUAUUUCCUUCUCUUUUGUUUAGUGAGUUUAUUGCAGAGGACGGAAAUGAGAAAUUCUGGGACUUUGUUGACACUGUGAAGGAGUUAACAGUUUACAAAAAUGGAGGUAUGUGGAAACUCUGAUGUGACAAGCAAACACUUCAGUUUUAUAACCACAAAACAGGUAUUCUAUAUCAGAUACAAUGCUUCUCACACAAUCUGUUACAUUGCCUCUUUCCUGCACUUCCAGACAGUGCCUGAUUGAUACAGAAAUGUAAAUGUGGAUUGAAUUUGAUGAAUAAUAAAUAUCUUUGCUCCAUGAGAAAACCUCAUAAAUCUGUCUACAAACUAAUUUAUGUGGAUUUUGAUUGUCAGAGUCAAGUUUCUUUGCACAUUCAUUUGACUCAGAUUUCCUUUACAGAGUCUGUGCGCUCCUAUUACAACUUGGUAAUCAAGAAGGCUGGACAAUUUUUGACAGAGCUCCAGGUCAAUCUCCUCAAAUUUGCCCUCUCCUUGAGGUCCUACUCACCAGCUGUUCAUGCAUCCCAACAGGUAGGCCCUGAAAUACUUUUACAACUCACCUCACUGUGAUGAUCAAUUUGAAGAAAGACGUUCAACAGCAGGUUGAAACAGUGUUGUAGCUGUUGUUUCAAAGCCUAACACAACGAAAUGGACAGUGCUUUCUAAGGUGAUGAUUCAUUCAAAACACCAAUACGCAUACUAGAGCUUAUGCAUAGGUUUUUAUUAAUUACUAUUAUGAUUGUGCAGUUCUACAAUACAUAGCCUAUGCAUAUUACGCAUGGCAGAAGAACAUAAAACAAAACGGAUUGACGGUGUCUUUGGUACAUAAUUGGUCUUGAGUGUGGACUGUAUUAUUAUGCAUACUGGAUGGACUUGUACGCUCCAAAAUUUAUAUCAAUGAGUCUACGAGAGAACUUAUAGCCCUUGGCAAUGCUGUUGGUUCAUUGAUUGUGCAGGGCGGCUUACAGUUAGGCUACAAUUAAUGAAUUUGUAUUUGAUUUUGAAUAGCCUAGUAAUAGGGGAUUUUUUAUACAGUGGGGAGAACAAGUAUUUGAUACACUGCCGAUUUUGCAGGUUUUCCUACUUACAAAGCAUGUAGAGGUCUGUAAUUUUUAUCAUAGGUACACUUCAACUGUGAGAGACGGAAUCUAAAACAAAAAUCCAGAAAAUCAUAAUGUAUUAUUUUUAAGUAAUUAAUUUGCAUUUUAUUGCAUGACAUAAGUAUUUGAUACAUCAGAAAAGCAGAACUUAAUAUUUGGUACAGAAACCUUUGUUUGCAAUUACAGAGAUCAUACGUUUCCUGUAGGUCUUGACCAGGUUUGCACACAUUGCAGCAGGGAUUUUGGCCCACUCCUCCAUACAGACCUUCUCCAGAUCCUUCAGGUUUCGGGGCUGUCGCUGGGCAAUACGGACUUUCAGCUCCCUCCAAAGAUUUUCUAUUGGGUUCAGGUCUGGAGACUGGCUAGGCCACUCCAGGACCUUGAGAUGCUUCUUACGGAGCCACUCCUUAGUUGCCCUGGCUGUGUGUUUCGGGUCGUUGUCAUGCUGGAAGACCCAGCCACGACCCAUCUUCAAUGCUCUUACUGAGGGAAGGAGGUUGUUGGCCAAGAUCUCGCGAUACAUGGCCCCAUCCAUCCUCCCCUCAAUACGGUGCAGUCGUCCUGUCCCCUUUGCAGAAAAGCAUCCCCAAAGAAUGAUGUUUCCACCUCCGUGCUUCACGGUUGGGAUGGUGUUCUUGGGGUUGUACUCAUCCUUCUUCUUCCUCCAAACACGGCGAGUGGAGUUUAGACCAAAAAGCUCUAUUUUUGUCUCAUCAGACCACAUGACCACCUCCCAUUCCUUCUCUGGAUCAUCCAGAUGGUCAUUGGCAAACUUCAGACGGGCCUGGACAUGCGCUGGCUUGAGCAGGGGGACCUUGCGUGCGCUGCAGGAUUUUUAUCCAUGACGGCGUAGUGUGUUACUAAUGGUUUUCUUUGAGACUGUGGUCCCAGCUCACUUCAGGUCAUUGACCAGGUCCUGCCGUGUGGUUCUGGGCUGAUCCCUCACCUUCCUCAUGAUCAUUGAUGCCCCACAAGGUGAGAUCUUGCAUGGAGCCCCAGACCGAGGGUGAUUGACCGUCAUCUUGAACUUCUUCCAUUUUCUAAUAAUUGCGCCAACAGUUGUUGCCUUCUCACCAAGCUGCUUGCCUAUUGUCCUGUAGCCCAUCCCAGCCUUGUGCAGGUCUACAAAUGUAUCCCUGAUGUCCUUACACAGCUCUCUGGUCUUGGCCAUUGUGGAGAGGUUGGAGUCUGUUUGAUUGAGUGUGUGGACAGGUGUCUUUUAUACAGGUAACGAGUUCAAACAGGUGCAGUUAAUACAGGUAAUGAGUGGAGAACAGGAGGGCUUCUUAAAGAAAAACGAAACAGGUCUGUGAGAGACGGAAUUCUUACUGGUUGGUAGGUGAUCAAAUACUUAUGUCAUGCAAUAAAAUGCAAAUUCAUUACUUAAAAAUCAUACAAUGUGAUUUUCUGGACUUUUGUUUUAGAUUCCGUCUCUCACAGUUGAAGUGUACCUAUGAUAAAAAAUUACAGACCUCUACAUGCUUUGUAAAUAGGAAAACCUGCAAAAUUGGCAGUGUAUCAAAUACUUGUUCUCCCCACUGUAUAUAAAAUAAUUAAUUGGGUGACACAUUACCUUUAGCUACAGAAUAUCUCACCACCAUGCGUUUCCAUCUCCUCUCUCCCCUUUAUUCCUUUCUUGAGCGUGCAGACGGGCUGUCAACAGUUUAGUGAAAUAUGUUUUGUUGUGAAAACAUGUUACUAUCGAUGUUCUUGAACAGAUUUCACUUGGUUUGCCAAACUAAGCACUGGGUAGCUGCAGGAACAAGGUUGGAGAGGCCAUGGCAUUCAGAGAUUGGGCGGAAUAUCACCUGUCGGGCAGCGAGAGCAUGCUCCUCAAACAGUGGUUGAUGCGUGGAGUGAAAUAAGUUUUCUUAUAUUUAUUUCUCAGCUACUCAUAAUAAGCUCAUGCUCUGCUAUAAAACCGAAGUAGCCUACAAAACAGACCGGCUGGAAAGCGCACAGCCUCCAUUUGCUAUUCGAGUGCAUACAGAUGACAUGUAUUUUUUCUCCUGCCCCUGUUAAUGUCCAUUUCAUAAUGGGCCAUUCUUUAUUUAGUAAACAUUUAUUAGCCCUUUUUUGUGAUAUCCAAUUGGUAGUUUUGUCCCAUCGCUGCAACUCCCAUACAGACUCGGGAGAGGCGAAGGUCGAGAGCCAUGCGUCCUCUGAAACAUGACCCUGUCAAGCCGCACUGCUUCUUGACACACUGCUCGCUUAACCCGGAAGCCAGCCGCACCAAUGUGUCGGAGGAAACACUGUAUAACUGCCGACCGAAGUCAGCGUGCAUGCGCCCGGCCGCCAAAAGGAGUCGCUAGAGUGCGAUGGGACAAGGACAUCCCAGCCAGCCAAACCCUCCCCUAACCCGGACAACGCUGGGCCAAUUGUGCACCGCCUCAUGGGUCUCCCGGUCGCGGCCGGCUGCGACACAGCCUGGGAUCGAACCCGGGUCUGCAGUGACGCCUCAAGCACUGCGAUGCAGUGCCUUAGACCCCUGCGCCACUCGGGAGCCAAUGGGCCAUUAUAAAUCAAAAUACCUGAUUAAAUUGAGAAUAGUCUGAUUGGUGAAAAUAUGAUCACUUGAUGAGAGAACAGCUGUGCAGCCUGGGGCACAAGCUUUUUUUGCUACUUUCUCAAAUCAUCAAUAGUCUAUAGUCGCACCAUGCAGCCCAUACACUACCGGUCAAAAGUUUUAGAACACCACUCAUUCAAGGGUUUUUCGUUAUUUUUACUAUUUUCUACAUUGUAGAGUAAUAGUGAAGACAUCAAAACUAUGAAAUAACACAUAUGGAAUCAUGUAGUAACCAAAAAAGUGUUAAACAAAUCAAAAUAUAUUUUAUAUUUGAGAUUCUUCAAAUAACCACCAUUUGCUUUGAUGACAGCUUUGCACACUCUUGGCAUUCUCUCAACCAGCUUCACCUGGAAUGCUUUUCCAACAGUCUUGAAGGAGUUCCCACAUAUGCUUAGCACUUGUUGGCUGCUUUUCCUUCACUCUGCGGUCCGACUCAUCCCAAACCAUCUCAAUUGGGUUGAGGUCGGGGGAUUGUGAAGGCCAGGUCAUCUGAUGCAGCACUCCGUCACUCUCCUUCUUGGUAAAAUAGCCCUUACACAGCCUGGAGGUGUGUUGGGUUAUUGUCCUGUUGAAAAACAAAUGAUAGUCCCACUAAGCCCAAACCAGAUGGGAUGGCGUAUCGCUGCAGAAUGCUGUGGUAGCCAUGCUGGUUAAGUGUACCUUGAAUUCUAAAUAAAUUACAGACAGUGUCACCAGCAAAGCACCCCCACACCAUAAGACCUCCUCCUCCAUGCUUUACGGUGGGAACUAAACAUGCAGAGAUCAUCCAUUCACUCACACGCGUCUCACAAAGACCCGGCGGUUGGAACCAAAAAUCUCAAAUUUGGACUCCAGACCAAAGGACAAAUCUCCACUGGUCUAAUCUCCAUUGCUUGUGUUUCUUGGCCCAAGCAAGUCUCUUCUUAUUAUUGGUGUCCUUUAGUAGUGGUUUAUUUGCAGCAAUUCGACCAUGAAGGCCUGAUUCACGCAGUCUCCUCUGAAGAGUUGAUGUUGAGAUGUGUCUGUUACUUGAACUCUGUGAAGCAUUUAUUUGGGCUGCAAUUUCUGAGGCUGUUAACUCUAAUGAACUUAUCCUCUGCAGCGGAGGUAACUCUGGGUCUUCCAUUCCUGUGGCGGUCCUUAUGAGAGCCAGUUUCAUCAUAGCGCCUGAUGGUUUUUGCGACUGCACUUGAAGAAACUUUCAAAGUUCUUGAAAUGUUCUGUAUUGACUGACCUUCAUGUCUUAAAAUAAUGAUGGACUGUCGUUUCUCUUUGCUUAUUUGAGCUGUUCUUGCCAUAAUAUGGACUUGGUCUUUUACCAAAUAGGGCUAUCUUCUGUAUAGGUUUGUGUCAUUCACAACUAAAGUUGCCAAAGAACUCUAAAUCUGUCAUAUACUGUAGGACCUGUUUCAAAUGAUCACUUUUAAGCUCAACAUAGCCACUCCACAUGCACACUUGCUCCGUAAUGGAAAAAAUAUCCUUUCAAUUUUAUUCAGCUAAGUUCAAUUAUAUUCUUCUUACUAUAAAAUCAUAUAAAAUAAAAUAAUGGCAAGGGACUUAUAAGCAUAUCUUGUCAGCUAAAUGAACAACCCUACAGCAUGGAGCAUAGCCAGAUAACUAACAUACAGUAGGCCAACUCAUAUUCUGCUUUUCUGAAAUACAUUUUCUUCAUAUCAUAAUGUUUCUUUAGACUUGCCUAAAAUAAAUAAUGGAUUUAUUGUGAUGGUAUAUAUUAAAUUGAUUUAUUAUACUUUUUUUAAUGUAGAUAUUCAAAAGGCGCCCAUCAGCGGCUUGUAUGUGUGGCGGCCUGGAGAUGCUAAAUGUGUUUAUGUUAAUUAACGGUCAAUUACCGUGAGACUGCCAGUCUUUUGCAUGACAACCGGAUGACAACAUCUCAUGACUGCCACAGCCCUAAUGCUGUAGCCGAAUUGUGUCGCUCCUCUGCUCUCAACAGAUAGGCAGUGAUGAGUCUCCGCCUGAGGCAUGCCUUGCCUUUGUUUCGGUCCAUGGCCAACAUGGCUGCAGCACAAAGGAUUUGAAGAAGCUCCUGAAGGAAGCUGCAGGCAGGUAGCUACACACAACUUCAUACUCAUCUCCUCAGAGGAUCUACCUCACUCUAGUGCUAGAGGAAACUAACAACAAAAAUUAUAAUAAAUGAAAUUAAAAUCUGUUAUUUUAUAAUUAACAGUUAAUAAAUGACGUCAUUCAAGUUUGAUUAGUACAAAUUAUAGAUUUGUAUGUAAAUGGUGGAAUCUAACUUUCUUUUUACGUGUUUGCAGGCCAAAACCUUAUCUAUACAAGAAUGAGCACAGAUACCCUGGACUCAAUAAAACAGAUGUCCCUGUUGUGAUCCUUUAUGCUGAGAUCGGCACCAAAAAGUUUGGCUCUUUCCACAAGGUGCUGGCUGAGAAGGCUGCGGAGGGCAAGCUCAUCUAUGUGCUACGUCACUUUGUAGCUGUGAGUAGUGAGGCUUUUUGGAUUUCCUUAAUCAUUUUUAACGGUAUUUAAAGAUUGAUACGCUCUAGCCAGGGAUUGAAGUGGGAUUUUAUAGGGGGUACAACAACUGUCCUCAAAACCGGGUGCUUUACCACACUUAUUUUGAACAGUAAUCUAUUAAAUGACCACUGUAUGCCGUUUUUUUUUAUCCUCAGUUGCUAUAACUCAUAAUGGUUGGCUAUGCUCUUCUACAUGUGAAAAUCUGAUUUGGUUCUAACCAAUAUUGGACGGAUGUAAGAUUGCAUGUUGUUGGAAGCUUGGAAGUGUUCAUGCUAAUGGAGAACACUGGUCCCAACUUUGAGCUCUGUGGGAAGAUGGAAUGGAGGGGGUGACAGGAAGGCCAUUGCAGCUUUAAGAACAACAUCCACAAAGGGUGAGGUCAUCAGGGCUGUACAACAAAUGGAUUGCAUUAGCUGCCAGUGUUCAGCAGGAGAAUACAGAUAACCAGAGGAAGUUAGCUGGGGCCUGAGUAACGGAUGGCCUGACACUGUGAGAAGCAGCACUAAUGUGUUCUUUUCAGAGAUGUACCACAGAGUUCACGAGCUACCGCGUAGGUGUAAAAGACUACACAUUCAGAGCACCUCAUGUCUCUGAGAUGUGAAUAAAAUCUUAAGAAUCACAGGGUCAUGGAGUUGAAGUUAACAUGCAAGGCCCUUUGGCAUGCACUACCAGUUUGUCCACUCAUGAAGAAAACAUGAUUUCUUAUAGGCCUUGAAGUGUAAAUCAAUGUUUUUCUUCCCCCUUACAUUGAAUUAAAACACAUGCUUUUAUGGUUAAGAUUAUAUUUCCAUUGCUGAUUUCCACUACAGGAGCCAAAGCCUCAGAAGAUGCUGUUGUCUGGAUAUGGUGUUGAAUUGGCCAUAAAAAGCACCGAAUAUAAAGCUGUGGAUGACACACAAGUAAAAGGUUUGUUUAUGCAUGCUUAUUCUGUAUUAAAAUAUAUAUUGAACUGAUGCCAAUUGAAGAAUGUUAAUGGCAACUCUGCUUUUCUAAAGAUAAAGGAGCAGUGAACACUGAUGAGGAUGACAUUGAUGAAGUCCAGGGCUUUCUCUUUGGGAAAUUGAAGUAAGUCAAUGUAUUUAUAAGUCAAUAUAUUUGUAUAAUACAAUUGGAACCAUAGUAUCACCUUCUGUCUUGUUCUGUCCCAGAAAAUCCCACCCAGACCUGGAGGAGCAGCUAGGGGAGCUCCGGAAGCAUCUGUUGGAGAGCACCAACGACAUGACUCCUCUCAAAGUGUGGGAGCUUCAAGGUACUGAGCAUCCAUUAGUUAUGUUAUACGUUUUUCCUGACCACAUGACCUGACUAGGAAACACUCAAGGCCCUAGCUAAUAGAUACCUUGAGUGUACAAACUCAAUAUUAGAGUGUGCAACUCAAUAUUAGGAAGGUGCUCUUAAUAUUUUGUACACUCAGUGUAUCAAAAGGGGACCAUGGCGCUCUCCCAGAAGCUUGGCUGGUGCGUAAAACCCGCAAAUUCAGACAAACAAAAGGUGUAAUGGGUCCACACUCGAAAAGAUGUCACAAAGCUCACCUCAUUUUUCAAUUUUGUUAUUGUUAUUUUCACUGCAUCAGGGAUAGCGUACAUAGACAUUUCGGCUUUGCAGCCUUCUUCAGUGUGUAGGUACAAUUUUAUUUUAAUUAAAAACAGCAUUUGUAGGGAACAACUGAUGAGCAGCAGGUGCUUCUAAUCAGGGUUGCCACUCAUCUGCCAAUCAGGGAUGUAGCUUUUCUGGUCUACCUGUAUACAAGUUAGUCACAGAAAUACAGAAUUAUAGGAUAUGGGAGUGGGCACAAAGGGCAAUUGAGGGCAUCAGGCAUGAACCAUUCAUUAAUCAAUUGCCUUAUGUGCCUGCUCACUUACUCACAUACAUUAUAUCAAUUCAUGAGAUAGCUUACCACAAAUGACAUCAGGCUCAACCGUUCAUGAAUGUGUUGGGCUAACUCAUAAACGAUAUGUAAAAUCUGAUAUGGACAGUGUUCUUGUAUAACUUUUGGCCUAUAGGAAGGAGGUGAAAUCUCGUUAUUCGUUUGAACCAUGUGGAGAUACAGAAUUACUUGUAUUUAUUGACAUGGCGUCUUUUCUUGUUGUAAUCACCUCCUCUGCGUGGAGGAUGAACAUUUUAGAUCCCGACGCAACGCAAUUCAUUAAUAGAAUGAUUUUGUUCUAUAAAGUGUCUUGUAACUGGUGAGGUGAUAUCUUGACGUCUGAUAGUGGAUUUAUGUUCUUCAAGGCGCGGGAUGUUUUUCCAAUAUAAAUCUUAUUGCAAGAACACUGUAACAUAUAAAUAACUCCUUUAGUAUUGCAAGUUAUACAUUACUUUAUCUCAUAGGUCCUAGAAGUCUAAGGGCAUACAAAGUUAUAAUAUUUCCUUAUGGUGCUACAUGAGGUAUAUGAUAUACAGGUGAAGCAUCCUUUUACGAAUGCCUCUUUUCUCUCUGACCACAUCUGAUUUAACCAAUGUGUUUGAUAGAUUUCUUGGUCGUUUAUAGGUGAAUAGUGCUCCCGGGUGGCGCAGCGGUCUAAGGCGCUGCAUCUCAGUGCUAGAGGCGUCACUACAGACCCUGGUUUGAUUCCAGGCUGUAUCACAAUCUGGCCGUGAUUGGGAGUCCCAUAGGGCGGUGCACAAUUGGCCCAGCGUCGUCCGGGUUUGGCCGGUGUAGGCCGUCAUUGUAAAUAAGAAUUUGUUCUUAACUGACUUGCCUAGUUAAAUAAAGGUUAAAUAAAAAAUAUAAAUAAAGGUUGAUUCUGGUAGGCAGAAGUCUGAUAAUAUAUGCCAGUGUUUAUUGACAGUAUACUUGAUGCCAUUACAGCUAUCAUUGAAAAUAAGUAUAUAGUUUACAGAAAACUGUUUCUUCUAUUUCUUAAGUAAGCUUAAUGCAACAACGUUUUGAGUGCGGACCCAUUACACCUUUUGUUUGUCUACACUCAGUGUAUACCACCUGAACUGACCAGGAAAAACCCCUGGCCAUACCCGUUAGUUACAGUGGGGAAAAAAAGUAUUUAGUCAGCCACCAAUUGUGCAAGUUCUCCCACUUAAAAAGAUGAGAGAGGCCUGUAAUUUUCAUCAUAGGUACACGUCAACUAUGACAGACAAAAUGAGAUUUUUUUUCUUCCGAAAAUCACAUUGUAGGAUUUUUAAUGAAUUUAUUUGCAAAUUAUGGUGGAAAAUAAGUAUUUGGUCACCUACAAACAAGCAAGAUUUCUGGCUCUCACAGACCUGUAACUUCUUCUUUAAGAGGCUCCUCUGUCCUCCACUCGUUACCUGUAUUAAUGACACCUGUUUGAACUUGUUAUCAGUAUAAAAGACACCUGUCCACAACCUCAAACAGUCACACUCCAAACUCCACUAUGGCCAAGACCAAAGAGCUGUCAAAGGACACCAGAAACAAAAUUGUAGACCUGCACCAGGCUGGGAAGACUGAAUCUGCAAUAGGUAAGCAGCUUGGUUUGAAGAAAUCAACUGUGGGAGCAAUUAUUAGGAAAUGGAAGACAUACAAGACCACUGAUAAUCUCCCUCGAUCUGGGGCUCCACGCAAGAUCUCACCCCGUGGGGUCAAAAUGAUCACAAGAACGGUGAGCAAAAAUCCCAGAACCACACGGGGGGACCUAGUGAAUGACCUGCAGAGAGCUGGGACCAAAGUAACAAAGCCUACCAUCAGUAACACACUACGCUGCCAGGGACUCAAAUCCUGCAGUGCCAGACGUGUCCCCCUGCUUAAGCCAGUACAUGUCCAGGCCCGUCUGAAGUUUGCUAGAGUGCAUUUGGAUGAUCCAGAAGAGGAUUGGGAGAAUGUCAUAUGGUCAGAUGAAACCAAAAUAUAACUUUUUGGUAAAAAACUCAACUCGUCGUGUUUGGAGGACAAAGAAUGCUGAGUUGCAUCCAAAGAACACCAUACCUACUGUGAAGCAUGGGGGUGGAAACAUCAUGCUUUGGGGCUGUUUUUCUGCAAAGGGACCAGGACGACUGAUCCGUGUAAAGGAAAGAAUGAAUGGGGCCAUGUAUCGUGAGAUUUUGAGUGAAAACCUCCUUCCAUCAGCAAGGGCAUUGAAGAUGAAACGUGGCUGGGUCUUUCAUCAUGACAAUGAUCCCAAACACACCGCCCGGGCAACGAAGGAGUGGCUUCGUAAGAAACAUUUCAAGGUCCUGGAGUGGCCUAGCCAGUCUCCAGAUCUCAACCCCAUAGAAAAUCUUUGGAGGGAGUUGAAAGUCCGUGUUGCCCAGCGACAGCCCCAAAACAUCACUGCUCUAGAGGAGAUCUGCAUGGAGGAAUGGGCCAAAAUACCAGCAACAGUGUGUGAAAACCUUGUGAAGACUUACAGAAAACGUUUGACCUGUGUCAUUGCCAACAAAGGGUAUAUAACAAAGUAUUGAGAAACUUUUGUUAUUGACUAAAUACUUAUUUUCCACCAUAAUUUGCAAAUAAAUUCAUUAAAAAUCCUACAAUGUGAUUUUCUGGAUUUUUUUUUCUCAUUUUGUCUGUCAUAGUUGACGUGUACCUAUGAUGAAAAUUACAGGCCUCUCUCAUCUUUUUAAGUGGGAGAACUUGCACAAUUGGUGGCUGACUAAAUACUCCCCCCCCCCCCCCCCCCCCCCCCCACUGUAUGUGCUAGCCUGUGUGCCACUUACUGACUGUGAGGAUCACUGUGGUGACAGUUUGAUUAAUGGCAAUGGAAUGGAAAUUAUAGCACUUUACUCUUGAGCUUAGUAAAGCAAUCAGUUUAUGUACAGUAGAGACUGUCAAGUACAUGUUCAAUGUACCGGGCUUGGCCACAUGUUGCUCCCACCCGUGUGCUAUUACUUUGAUUGUAUGAAGUAGAGUGGAAAUGGGCAGGACUAACCAAGCUUUCGAUAACCCUUAUGCACAAUCAGUUCUACACAGCAUGGUAUGAUAUCCUAGGGAAAGGGAAAAUGGUCUACUAUUUGAAAUAUUUAGAAAUUGAGCUAAUGAUAUGUGUACCAACUUCACAGUUCACAGAGUUUUACGUAGUGCCUCAGUCUGAAUCAAUUAUUUGAUUGAAAUCAAUAUUUUAUUCAAUAUUUUAUUUAAUCUAUAUGUCACAAAUGAACAAUAGUUUUUUUAUGCAUGGAACAUUUUCACCAAGUAAUAUAGGCAUCCCAAGGUGAUCUACCUUUCCAAGAAAAGGUUAUUAACUGGUUCAACUUCAUAAGAUUUCAACUUCUGAUGAAAACAUCUGCAGAUCUAAGCUUCCAGGCAGCGGCCAGGAUCAUGUCUGUACCAAAGUUUGAUGCGCUGAAGCUUAUGAGAGACCUCAGUCAGAACUUCCCCAGCAAAGCCAGGUAAAGCUAUACACCUCACUCUUUCUAUUUAAAAACGCUUGCACAGUCUGCAGGAAUAAAUAAGCCCAUUUGAAAUGAAAUAAGAAGAAGUUCUCAGAGCUUGUAGACUUGAAUCCGAUCAUGGGAUGUAACUUGUUUUAGACAGCUGUUAUGAACAACAACCCAGGAGUGCUGAGUCAGCGGUCUGGCGCGUGAUUACAGAGAGUCGGCUGUAGAUAUACCAUCUGAGGGCCCACAGAUUUGGGAGAUUAAACAGGGGUUUUACUGCUCGAUGCGGGGGAAAAAACUGAUGGUGACUACAUGUUUUACUGUUCCCACAGAUCACUGACAAGAGUGUCCGUAAACCAAGAAAUGAGAAGAGAAAUUGAGGAGAACCAAAAGGUGUGAUAUCAGAAGCAGCAGUUUGUCCCUAAGACUGUGCACUUGUUUGUCUAAUGUGAGGUCUCAACGUAUCAUCUGUUUACGGCUAUUAUUGUAAAUGCUCUUACAUUCUUUCCUCUGGCAUCUCAGAGCUUACAGCCCUUAGAAUAUAUUUCUACAUUGUAAUAUCAGCCAUAUACUAUAGAGAUAAUGAGGGUUUGGUUGGCAUCAGACUAACAGCAGUGAAUCGUCUCUAUUCCAGCGGCUGAGUGAGACCAUGGGGAUCCAUCCGGGAGAUGGAGGCCUGUUCAUUAACGGCCUGCACAUUGAUCUGGAUGUCCACAACCCCUUCAGGUACAGUAGGAGCUCAACUCAGCAGGGAGGAUCAACCGUCAGCCUGCCUGCUCUCUGCUCUCUCUCCCCGGGUCGCCCCAGCCUCAGCGCUUGCUGCCCACAGCUCAGUGAUCCAGGGAUACAGGAUCAGAGCUAUCCUAGCGCACCUCCUACAGACAGCUGCCCUGCUCGGGGGAGAUGAAAGCUGACCUGCGAUUUCUCUGAUUCUCUUUAUUUGGUAGCAUCUUGGACACUAUCAGAGGAGAAGCCAAGAUCCUGGAGGGCCUCCAUAACCUGGGCAUUACGGGAGAGGACCUAGGAAAGCUACUGAGACUGCCCAUGAACCCAGUGGAAGAAAACUACGCCUUAGACAUCCGUCAUCCAGCUAUAACGGUGAGAGUCAGGGUGCUUUCACACUUGGUUCCUUUCAGCCAAUUUUUGUGAACUCAGUGCGGUUCGUUAAUUUUUUGUUCAGUGUGAAAACUCAUACCCCUCAAAAGAGCCCCUGAAGCGAACCGAACUGAGACCAUCUCGAGAGGUGGUCUGAGUUUGGUUUGCUUGAAUUCCGUGGUCCAGUUCCCUUUUUUAGGUCAAUGUGAACACAAAGCUCCCCAUGUUCGCUUGUCAUUAUUCCAGCACCACACACUAGAAUACUGCAAUAACCCCUCACUUUGGUGCCACAAAAGAGAGAAGAUGAUGAUGUGCAGCUUAGUGGAAAAAACGUGUGCUGUUUUUGGAUAUUAAUUAGCAAUUGUCAAGGAUGCACAGAAAUUCUAAAAUAUGUGUGGAGUUUUUAUACUGACACGAUGCUCAGAUUAUUUGUUUGCAAUAUGUGAUCUAUAAGCUAAGAAAGCUUCAUACGCUGUUAUUCGAUUGUGGGGUUUGAAUAGUGUGAAAAGACAACAUAUUUGGUGAGAAUCACAACAUAGGGUACAAAACCAAGGUCCUUGCUAUCCGGUAUCCUUGGGACGUCCCAACUCUGACGUUACCCCAUUGAAGUUGACAUUUACAAUGGUUAAGGUAAGGGUUAAGGUUUAUGGGUAGGAUUUAGGGUAGGGACAUCCAAAAGAUCCCAGAUAGCACCAACCACAAAAUCAAAACUAACUUUUAAAGGGCCAGUAGCCUACAUUGGGUGUACAAUUUUAAAUUACAGCAUUAUUUAAUCUGCAGUAUUCUUCUGCUAUUUAUUCUGUUACCAAUAAUAUUUACAUGUUUAUAUUAUCGUCAAAUUAUAAUUAUUACUGUAUGUCUCAUCUUUUAACUAAAUUCAAUCUAUUAGCUUUCAAAAUGUAAGUAGGUAUAAAAAAGAAUUUAAGCAUUUCGCUACACCCGCAAUAACAUCUGCUAAACACGUGUAUGUGACCAAUAAAAUUUGAUUUUAUUUGUAUAUCUAGCUGUCCGAUAACACGUUCUGAUGGAAUGGCUUGUCCAUUGUGUGAAUGUUGGACAAAGAUCUUGGUUCCUUUCUAAACAUAACAAUGUGAAUGCAAAGAGGACUCGGACCACAGAAUAGGUGAAUUGAACUGGCAAAAUAGUUGAGUCCUAAUUCAAAGGCAAGGGCAGUGUUAAUACAAAGAGAACCGAGUUCUUUAGCUUCUUUUUUUUUACCCCAGAGUUCACUUUAAAGAGGACUGAGAUCGAUUAUUUGAAAGAGGACUAUAUGUGAAAACAACCUGAGAGAUGAACCUGUGCCAACAACCAUCGUCCUGUGGAAGGGAUGGUUUUUCUUUCUUUCUCCUGGCCCAGAUCAGCAUUGCAGGUGCUUUGUCUUGAGUGCUGGCAUCGGGGUGUGGAUUAGAGGAUCAGUCACCAGACUAUUGCACUAGUCCCAGUCUGCCAAAAACCUCAAUUAUACACUGGGCAGCCAGCCAAGGAAAGCUACUGUAUCAAAAAAAAAAAAAAAAUGAGGCCCCUCUGCCAUUUUAUUAUGGAAAAAACCUUGGGGGAAAAAACCAACAAAUGGACGUGACAUUUCAUCUAGAGAAUGUCUUCUUCCAAUCAGGCUGGCUGUCUGUCUUUUCUCUCAGUGAGGCAAGUAGAAAAUGUUCCCCUUUGGGUUGUCUGCUCUGUGCAGAGAUGGACAGGAGUGCUGGUAUCCCAUUGUGGCUCUUUGUUUCUCAGGGAGGUUUCUCAGCGUUCUGAGGGGGGGAGAGAGUUCUGUUAGUGCCAGUUUGGCUUGUAAUGGAUGAUUAAGCUACAGUAGGCAUCUGCUUCCCUACCUCCUAACACUGGAGUAUAUACAUGUAGCUAACCUCCCAUGCACUUUUCAUUCAGAUGGCACAAACAUACAGUGCAUUCGGAAAGUAUUCAGACCACUUCUCUUUUUCACCGUUACAGCCUUAUUAUAAAAUGGAUUAAAUAAAACAUUUUCCUCAUCAAUCUACACACAAUUCCCCAUAAUGGUUUAAACAUUUUUACAAAUGUAUUACAAAUUAAAAACAGAAAUACUGUAUUUAACAUUUCUAAAAACCUGUUUUUGCUUUGACAUUAUGGGGUAUUGUGUGUAGAUUGACGAGGAAAUCCCCCAAUUUAAUCCAUUUUAAAAUAAGGCUGUAAAGUAACAAAAUGUGGAAAAAGUCAAGGGGUCUGAAUACUUUCCCAAUGCACUGUAUCAUCUAUCAUCUGCUCCUUGGGGAAUAUGGGAUAAAGUGCAGUCGCAUUUAAUUAAUUUGAUCGUUUUCAAGACUAAAACUGUAGGUUGCUGAUAUGUAUGGUAUUGAGGUUACGGUUGCCAAUAUUUCUGUCUGAUGUGAGUGUGGCUUAUUUUAGUAUUAAAGUACUGAAUUCUAAUUAAAUGCAGCUACGCUCGCAAAGCUUUCACUGUGCUGAUUACUCUGAUGUAUUUGGGCCUCGGGACACUUAAACUCAGUUUAAGACAAAACUAAUUCCACAACCUUCCACACUAAACCAGCUUUCCUCUUUCCUUUCCCAGUGGAUUAACGACAUCGAGACAGACUCCAUGUACCGCAGCUGGCCCUCCGGUGUUCAGGAACUCCUCAGAGCCACGUUCCCCGGAGUGAUCCGCCAGAUACGACGCAACUUUUUCAACCUGGUGAGAAGAAAGGACAUUUGGGAAGGGUUGUGACACAAAGCCACUGGAACAGUUGUUUCAUCUUUUAGAGGAAAUCCUGUAUAAUACAUGGUGGUCAGGUGAAUUUGCACUACAAUAGACCUACAUGUCAGAGUAAACUGAUUAUGUAAGGAUGUUUUUCUAGCUGAGAAGUCUUACGUUCUUUUGUUUUCAGGUGCUGUUGCUGGACCCAGUUCAGGAAGAGAGCAUUGAGCUGGUGAAACUGGCAGAGCUCUUCUACAAACACAAGAUUCCUCUCAGGUACUUUAUAGGUUGCAGAGAACUACACGUUUCUCUUUGCACCUGUCAACUCCACCAGAUGGUGACUCAGACUUUGUCUGCAAAUUGAAACAAUGUAUUUUUCUGCUUCUUUAAGGAUUGGAUUUGUGUUUGUCGUCAAUACUGAAGACGAAGUCGAUGGAACUAUGGAUGCUGGAGUUGCAUUUUUCCGGCUGCUGAAUUACAUCGCCGACGAGUAUGAUUUAUCACAGGCUCUCAUGUCUAUGGUCUCUGUGAGUAUCUCAUGCUUACCCAUUUCCAGCAAGCACUUUCUUGUGGAAUUAUUUAAACACAAUCUUUUACAAGCUCAUGUCUCUUUGAUGUUUCUCAGUUGUAUAAUGGUGCCCUCUCUGUUGGGCCGCUGUCUCAGACAUUAUUGGACUAGACGAGUGAGGAGUCCUGAGGCAUCAGCCUAUGUAGGCAGGCCUGGAAGUUAUGGACAGUGCCUUUGAUGUAAUGGAGAGUGAUGGUCAAGUCUCACUGACCUUUUUUGUGCACUUGCAGAUGUACAACAAAGUGGAGAUCGGCGAGACAUUGUCUGUUGACACAGUGUCUGCAUAUCUCAAGAAGAAGUACCCCAAAGCCAGUGCUGCAAGGAUUCUUGGGGAGGAUUCUGAGUAUGAUGACAAAAGAAAGGUAUGGUUAAUGGACGGUAUGUUUCUCUUGUGCAUGUACUUUUCAAAUGUAAACCAUAAGAUAAAGUAUAUUACAGUUUCAAAAUACCAGAUUAAUUUGAUUACAUGCCUCUAAAUGUUUGUUCAUAAUGCAUAAAUAACUCAUGAAACAGGAAAGAGAGAACAUUCUAUGGCUUGGGUGGCUUUCACACCACCUGAUAUAGAGGUCCUGGAUGGCAGGGUGCUCGGCCCCAGUGAUAUACUGGGCUGUCUGCACCACCCUCUGUAGCGCCAUGCGAUCGAGGGCAGUGCUGUUGCCAUACCAAGCAGUGAUGCAGUCAGUCAAGAUGCACUCAAUGGUGCAGCUGUAGAACCUUUUGAGGAUUUGAGGGCCCAUGCCAAACCUUUUCAACUUGCUGAGGGGGGAAGAGGCGCGGUCGCGGCUUCUUCACGAGUGUGCGCGUACUUGAAGCCGAGGAACUUAAUCAAAUAGCUUGAGUGUCCAUUAACCCAGGCUCUGGUCUGUGUUGGGGACAACAGGCAGGGGCAAUGUUCUACAAGAAGAGUGGCUUGGGCCCCCUGCCUCUGGCUCUGUUCAACGGAGUCCCACUCAAUGCUGAGGAGAUGGACCCAGAUGAACUGGAGACUGUCAUCCUACAGCGCAUCAUGGACACCACCAACUUCUUCCAGAGAGCUGUCUACAUGGUAAGAACUGUUGGGGGAAUUGUAGUCAUUAUCAUAUUGUCCAUUUGUGUCCAUUUAUUGUCCAUUUGUGGAAACAGAUCUUAGUUUGUUAUUUAAUAUGAGAACUGUCUCUAGGUCAACUGAUUUGGUUGAAUAGGUUAUGUAAAUAAUAUGAUUUCCUCACUUCACAUGACCAGGGCCAGCUUACUGAGGGGACAGAUGUGGUGGACCAUCUGAUGGACCAGGCCAAUGUGGUGCCACGCAUCAACCCUCUCAUCCUCAGCACUGACAGGACAUAUCUGGAUCUCACAGCCACUCCAGGUAACAAAUAACACAUUCUUGUCCUUUGAUAAUGUGUGUAUUGACAAUACAGUCUCAAUACAAUUUACAAUACUUUUGUUAAGAUUAUUCAUUUUCUCCUUUCAGUUGUAUAUGAGUGGGAGGACACCACCAUGUUCUCAUACCUGGACUCCAAGGACAAGACUGCUGUCAUAGCAAAAAGAAUGAAGUAUUUCACCAAAAAUGGUAAGAGGCAGGGUAUACUUUUGUGGCACUCCUGAUUUUAUAUUUCUUUCUCCCUUGAGUGUAAAUACUGUAGUGAUGUAUGGUUGAGUAUACUUGAACAAGGGUAUAAACUAUUUGUUCCGAAAAAGCUGAGCAGCUUAUACGAGGGUGGGAACGUCUGAGGUGUGUUUGUUCGUCAAACAUUUCAUUUCACCAGGCGGAUCGUCACACUUUACACACAGAUAAUAUACCAACAUAUUAGUAUGGAUCCAGGGAUGUGUAAAAUUGCCCGUUAGGGGAGCCGUCUGUGCUUGGUCUGAGGUAAUUGCACUGCGCCCUGGUUAAUAGUUUGGCAUCAGGCCAGUGGUCCAUUGGUCCGGCCUCAGCCCCAACUCUGCUGCAUCCUGCCUGGGGAGCCCUGCUCAGAGUCAGGGUGGGGCUGGAGCUGCCCAGGGAAGCUGAGAGGCUGAGGAAGGUGACAGGGGGGAAUGAAGCAGUAAACCCUGACAGGUUGCACAAUCUCCUUCUGAUUUAGUGUGCUUUUCUCAAGGACUGUGCCUCUCUCUCACUCUCUCUCUCUUCUCUCUGGAUCAUAUAACUUGAGCCAGAUUUAAUUCCCUUCUCACUGCCCGUCUCCACUGUCAGUAGGUGGUCUGUGUCAAGACCCUUUUUAAGGGAUUAGCAAUAUUCCCUUAUAAGCAUGCUGGAGCUUUAAGAUUGAGAUCCCUCUUUUUAACUGAAAAAAUUGUCAGAAAUACUUUAAUAUCUGCUUUAUAUUUGAUGUCAAGACUGGCUGAGUCACUGUGUAUUUGAGCAUUUGAAAUGAUUCAGUGCUUUUUGACAAUGGCAGUUUUUCUGCUUUCAGAAAUGUCACCCUAUUUGAAAUGUUGCGUUGUACAGUAAUUGAUGUUUAUUUCCAGACGAGGAUGGGAUUAAUGGAGUGACUGUGUGGAUCGUUGGGGAUUUUGAAAAGGCCUCAGGGAGAAGACUGCUGCUGAACGCACUGAAACACUUGGUGAGAUUCUGCUGCUGUACGCUACUGCAGGGUUUCCCAAACUCUGACAUGGGGGGCCCUCCCUGGGUGCACAUUGUGUUUUUUGCCCUAGCACUACACAGCUGAUUCAAAUAAUUAAGCUUGAUGAUGAGUUGGUUAUUUGAAUCAGCUGGGUUGUGCUAGGGCAAAAACCAAAACGUGUACCCAGGGAGGGCCCGAGGACCGAGUUUGAGAAACCCUGCUCUACUGCAGAUCUUCUCCUUUCCCUUAUCCACACAAGGCACAAAUGACAUAAUUUUCACUGGCAAAGUUUGGAGCUAUGAAUUAAGCUAUGUAUUAAUGAUCAUUUAUAAAUUACAAAAAUUAACAUCUGACUUUUUGCUCAGUACUGCCGAUCAGUCACGUCAAUGUGAUUUAGGAAUCCUAAUUAAGUACACUGCAGUGGCCUGCGCCACACCAAUGCAAAUUUAGCUUUUAAUGUAGUCAAGCAAGGUAGGUAUACCCCUAGACUUUAAUUACUAUCCAGCUGCCAUGGAGAAUCUUUGUUGGAAUUAAAAUUUUAAAACUCACGUGGGACACCAUUUUACCUUGGCCUGAAAUGAAAACAAAGGCUGCAGUUGUUAUUCUCUGAUAAACACCCACAUAAAUAUUCCAUGGUUGAUAUAAAAUACAGCCAGGGUUAUACCUCACUUUACUGCAGAUAAGAAGAGAAAGACUAUUAGUAGAGUCAUGAAGGUCUGGCCACUGCAAGCUAUUGAGGCUUAUUUUUAAGAAGGUAUAGUUAUUAUGAGCUCUCUACUGAGACAGACAAUACCUUGUCAACAAGAGACAAGAAUGUUAUAAAGUUAGUGAAAUCUCACCUAUUCUCACAAUAAAUCUCCUGUCUGCAGUAAUUUCAAGGACAUCCUCAAAAUGUUUUGUAUAGGCAAAGUUAAAGGUACCUUACUGUGAUUUUUUUCUUCAAUUAAAAUGGUCAAAAAGAAACAUAGCUUCUUAGCAAAGGGCAAUUUCUCAAGCAAGGAUUUUGCUAGGACUGUCUGGGAGUGGUCUGAGUGGGAAGGGGAAAACUGAAAAUUAGCUGUUAUUGGCAGAGAGGUUUGGCACUCUCUUAUUGGUCUAUUAACUAAUUUACCGCAUGAUGAUGUCACCAUGGAAAACUCCAUCCCACCAAAACAGGCUGAAAGUAUUUUCAAACAGCUCUUACACUAAAAGGGAACUAUCAUAAUUUUCAAAAUUUCACAGUAUUAUUCCAACCUCAUAGUGUGGAAAUAUACACUCACCGGCCAGUUUAUUAGAUACAACACCCCGUUCACGAAAAUGUAUCGCUCCAACAGACAGUGAGACACGUGGCCAUGGCUUGCUAUAUAAAGCAGUCAGACAGGCGUUGAGGCAUUCAAUUACUGUUAGAUUGAAUGUGGUAUGAUCGUCUGUACUAGGGGCGCGAGAUCCAGUAUCUCAGAAAUGGCCGCCCUCCUGGGCUUUUCACGCAUGACAGUGUCUAGGGUUUACUGAGAAUGGUGCAACAAACAAAAAACAUCCAGUCAGCAGCAGUCCUGUGGGCGAAAACAGCUCGUGGAUGAGAGAGGUCGAAGAAGAAUGGCAAGAAUCGUGCAAGCUAACAGGCGGACCACAGACAGACAUAAUAGUGGCGCAGUACAGCUGUGGUGUGCAGAACGGCAUCUCGGAACACACAACUCGUCGAUCCUUGUCACGGAUGGGCUAUUGCAACAGACGACCACACACCGGGUUCCACUCCUAUCAGCUAAAAACAAGAAGAAGCAGCUCCAGUGGGCACGCGAUCACCAACACUGGACAACUGAGGAGUGGAAAAACAUUGCCUGGUCCAACGAAUCCUGGUUGCGUCAUGCUGAUGGCAGAGUCAGGAUUUGGCGUAAGCAGCAUGAGUCCAUGGCCCCAUCCUGCCUGGUAUCAACGGUACAGACUGGUGAUGGUGGUGUAAUGGUGUGGGGAAUGUUUUCCUGGCACACGUUAGGUCCCUUGAUACCAAUUGAGCAACGAUUGAACGCCACAGCGUAUCUGAACAUUGUUGCUAACCAAACCCAAUAGAGCAUCUUUGGGAUGAGAUGAACUGGCUGUUGGCAGCAUGUAUGUACCGCCUCCAAUCUGCAGCAACUGCGUGAUGCCGUAGCGUCAGCAUGGACCAACAUCCCUGUGGGACGUUUCCAAAACCUUGUAGAAUCCAUGCCCCGGAGAAUUCAGGCAGUUCUGAAGACAAAGGGGGAUCCGACCGGUACUAGAUGGGUGUACCUAAUAAACUGUCCGACGAGUGUAUAUAAAACACAGGAAAAUCACGUUUUUGACUCCACUGGGCCAUUAAGCUUGACAUAAUGCUAUGUGCAGAUGUCAAAGUUCUCAUGGUGCAGACAACGAGGGAAGGAGGAACAUUACAGCACUUAAACAAGCUGCUAUUGUGUGUUGUCUUUACAAAAGAAGAGAAUACACCUUGAAGGUUAUAUUAAUUCAAUUAACAUUCUUCACUCCUUUCUUGACACCUCCACUCUGUAAAUAGGAGUGUGUAAUAAAUCAGUGCUAGGCUAAGUGCUCUCUAACCUCCCUUGUGUGCGUGUGUGUGUGUGUGUGCAGAGGGCCAGUGGUGGUGUGCGUGUGGGGGUGAUUGAUAAUCCCAGCGGUGGUGCGCCCAGCGAGGACAGCACUGUGCUCAACAGGGCAGUGUGGGCCGCCCUGCUCACCCAGAAGAACAAGGCCGCAGUGGAGUUUGUGCAGAAAAUCCUUAAAGAGGAAACCGUCCAGCUCCUCCAACAAGGAACCAAGAUGAAGAACUUACUGGUGAAGGUAAACUGGGGGGGGGGGGGGGGGGGGGGGGGGGGCUCGUUAUAUAGCCUCGUUAUUGUUAUUUUAUUGUGUUACUUUUUAUUUUAUUUUUAACUUUAGUUUAUUUAGUAAAUAUUUUCUUGAAUCUAUUUCUUGAACUGCAUUGUUGGUUAAGGGCUUGUAAGUAAGCAUUUCACGGUAAGGUCUACACCUGUUGUAUUCUGCGCAUGUGACAAAUAAGAUUUGAUUUGAGAUUGACACACGGGUGUGUCAGUAGACUCUUACUUAACUUGAAGAGCGAGAGUGGUGCCUUUCCCCCCUCACAUAGACAGUACAGUGCCUUCAGAAACUAUCCACACCCCUUUACUUUUUCCACAUUUUUGUUGUGUUACAGCCUGAAUUUAAAAUGGAUUAAAUUGAGAUUUUGUGUCACUGGCCUACACACAAUACCCCAUAAUGUCAAAGUGGAAUUAUCUUUUUAGACAUUUUUACAAAUUAAUGACAAAUGAAAAGCUGAAAUGUCAUGAGUCAACCCCUGUGUUAUGGCAAGCCUAAAUACGUUCAGGAGUAAACAUUUGCUUAACGAGUCACAUAAUAAAUUGCAUGGACUCACUAGUGUUUAACGUGAUUUUUGAAUGACUACCUCAUCUCUGUACCCCACACAUACAAUUAUCUGUAAGGUCCCUCAGUAGAGCAGUGAUUCAACCACAAAGACCAGGGAGGUUUUCCAAUGCCUCGCAAAGAAGGGCACCUAUUGGUUGAUAAAAAAGCAAACAUUGAUUAUCCCUUUGAGCAUGGUGAAGUUAUUAAUUACACUUUGGAUAGUGUAUCAAUACACCCAGUCACUACAAAGAUACAGGCGUCCUUUCUCACUCAGUUGCCGGAGAGGAAGGAAACCGCUCAGGGAUUUCACCAUGAGGCCAAUGGUGACUUUAAAACAGUUAGAGUUUAAUGGCUGUGAUAGGAGAAAACUGAGGACGGAUCAACAACAUUGUCGUUACUCCACAAUACUAGCCUAAUUGACAGAGUGAAAAGAAGGAAGCCUGUACUGAAUAAAGAUAUUACAAAACAUGCAUCCUGUUUGCAAUAAGGCACUAAAGUAAAACAGCAAAGAAAUUAGCAGAGAAAUGAACUUUAUGUCCUGAAUACAAAGCGUUAUGUUUGUGGCAAAUCCAGCACAACACAUCACAGAGUAACACUCUACAUAUUUUCAAGCAUGGUGGUGGCUGCAUCAUGUUAUGGGUAUGCUUGUCAUCGGAAAGGACUAGGGAGUUACAGUUUUGACUAAAAUCGGCUUGAAAAUCUAUGGCAAGAGUUGAAAAGGGCUGUCUAGCAAUGAUCAUCAACCAAAAACAGAGCUUGAAGAAUAUUUUAAAUAAUAAUGUGCAAAUAUUGUACAAUUCUGGUGUGCAAAGCUCUUAGAGACUUACCCGUGAAGACUGUAAUCACUGCAAAAGGUGAUUGUAAUAUGUAUUGACUCAGGGGUGUGAAUACUUACAGUACCAGUCAAAAGUUUGGACACACCUACUCAUUUAAGGUUUUUUCACUAUUUUCUACAUUGUAGAAUAAUAGUGAAGACAUCAAAACUAUGAAAGAACACAUAUGGAAUCAUGUAGUAACCAAAAAAGUCUUAAACAAAUAAAAAUAUAUUUUAUAUUUGAGAUUCUUCAAAUAGCCACCCUUUGCCUUGAUGACAGCUUUGCACACUCUUGGCAUUCUCUCAACCAGCUUCACCUGGAAUGCUUUUCCAACAUUCUUGAAGGAGUUCCCACAUAUGCUGAGCACUUGUUGGCUGCUUUUCCUUCACUCUGCGGUGCAACUCAUCCCAAACCAUCUCAUUUGGGUUGAGGUCGGGGGAUUGUGGAGGCCAGGUCAUCUGAUGCAGCACUCCAACACUCUCCUUCUUGGUCAAAUAGCCCUUACACAGCCUGGAGGUGUGUCUUGGGUCAUUGUCCUGUUGAAAAACAAAUGAUAGUCCCACUAAGCGCAAACCAGAUGGGAUGGCAUAUCUCUGCAGAAUGCUGUGGUAGCCAUGCUGGUUAAGUGUGCUUUGAAUUUUAAAUAAAUCACCAACCGUGUCAUCAGCAAAGCACCCCCACACCAUCACACCACCUCCUCCAUGCUUCAUGGUGGGAACCACACAUACAGUGAUCAUCCAUUCACUUACUCGGCGUCUCACAAAGACCCGACGAUUGGAACCAGAAAUAUCAAAUUUGGACUCAUCAGACCAAAGGACAGAUUUCCACCGGUCUAAUGUCCAUUGCUCGUGUUGCUUGGCCCAAGCAAGUCUCUUCUUAUUAUUGGUGUCCUUUAGUAGUGGUUUCUUUGCAGCAAUUCGACCACGAAGGCCUGAUUCACGCAGUCUCCUCUGAACAGUUGAUGUUGAGAUUUGUCUGUGACUUGAACUCUGUGAAGCAUUUAUUUGGGCUGCAAUUUCUGAGGCUGGUAACUCUAGUGAACUUAUCCUCUGCAGCAGAGGUAAGCCUGGGUCUUCCUUUCCUGUGGCAGUCCUCAUGAGAGCCAGUUUCAUCAUAGCGCUUGAUGGUUUUUGCGACUGCACUUGAAGAAACUUUCAACGUUCUUGACAUUUUCCAGGUUGACUGACCUUCGUGUCUUAAAGUAAUGAUGGACUGUCGUUUCUCUUUGCUUAUUUGAGCUGUUCUUGCCAUAAUACAGUGCCUUGCAAAAGUAUUCAUCCCUCUUAGCGUUUUUCCUAUUUUGUUGCAUUACAACCUGUAAUUUAAAUAGAUUUUUAUUUGGAUUUCAUGUAAUGGACAUACACAAAAUAGUCCAAAUUGGUGAAGUGAAAUGAAAAAAAUAACUUGUUUCAAAGAAUUCUAAAAAAUAAAUAACGGAAUAGUGGUGCGUGCAUAUGGAUUCACCCCCUUUGCUAUGAAGCCCCUAAAUAAGAUCUGGUGCAACCAAUUACCUUCAGAAGUCACAUAAUUAGUUAAAUAAAGUCCACCUGUGUGCAAUCUAAGUGUCACGUGAUCUCUCACAUGAUCUCAGUAUAUAUACACCUGUUCUGAAAGGCCCCAGAGUCUGCAACAUCCCUAAGCAAGGGGCACCACCAAGCAAGCGGCACCAUGAAGACCAAGGAACUCUCCAAACAGGUCAGGGACAAAGUUGUGGAGAAGUACAGAUCAGGGUUGGGUUAUAAAAUAAUAUCUAAGACUUUGAACAUCCCACGGAGCACCAUUAAAUACAUUAUAAAAAAUGGAAAGAAUAUGGCACCACAACAAACCUGCCAAGAGAGGGCUGCCCACCAAAACUCACAGACCAGGCAAGGAGGGCAUUAAUCAGAGAGGCAACAAAGAGACCAAAGAUAACCCUGAAGGAGCUCCAGAGCGGAGAUUGGAGUAUCUGUCCAUAGGACCCCUUUAAGCCGUACACUCCACAGAGCUGGGCUUUACAGAAGAGUGGCCAGAAAAAAAGCCAUUGCUUAAAGAAAGAAAUAAGCAAACACAUUUGGUGUUCGCCAAAAGGCAUGUGGGAGACUCCCCAAACAUAUGGAAGAAGGUACUCUGGUCAGAUUAGACUAAAAUUGAACUUUUUGGCCAUCAAGGAAAACGCUAUGUCUGGCGCAAACCCAACACCUCUCAUCACCCAGAGAACACCAUCCCUACAGUGAAGCAUGGUGGUGGCAGUAUCAUGCUGUGGGGAUGUUUUUCAUCGGCAGGGACUGGGAAACUGGUCAGAAUUGAAGGAAUGAUGGAUGGCGAUGUAUACAGGGAAAUUCUUGAGGGAAACCUGUUUCAGUCUUCCAGAGAUUUGAGACUAGGAAAGGAGGUUCACCUUCCAGCAGGACAAUGACCCUAAGCAUACUGCUAAAGCAACACUCUAGUGGUUUAAGGGAAAACAUUUAAAUGUCUCGGAAUGGCCUAGUCAAAGCCACGACCUCAAUCCAAUUGAGAAUCUGUGGUAUGACUUAAAAAUUGCUGUACACCAGCGGAACCCAUCCAACUUGAAGGAGCUGGAGCAGUUUUGCCUUGAAGAAUGGGCAAAAAUCCCAGUGGCUAGAUGUGCCAAGCUUAUAGAGACAUACCCCAAGAGACUUGCAGCUGUAAUUGCUGAAAAAGGUGGCUCUACAAAGUAUUGACUUUGGGGGGGUGAAUAGUUAUGCACGCUCAAGUUUUCGUCGUAUUUCUUGUUUGUUUCACAAUAAAACAUAUUUAGCAUCUUCAAAGUGGUGGGCAUGUUGUGUAAAUCAAAUGAUACAAACCCCCCAAAAAAUCAAUUUUAAUUCCAGGUUGUAAGGCAACAAAAUAGGAAAAAUGCCAAGGGGGAUGAAUACUUUCGCAAUCCACUGUAUGGACUUGGUCUUUUACCAAAUAGGGCUAUCUUAUGUAUACCACCCCUACUUUGUCACAACAACUCAAAAGCAUUAAGAAGGAAAUAAAUUCCACAAAUUAACUUUUAACAAAGCACACCUGUUAAUUGAAAUGCAUUCCAGGUGACUACCUCAUGAAGAUGGUUGAGAUAAUGCCAAGAGUGUGCAAAGCUGUCAUCAAGGCAAAGGCUGGCUACUUUGAAGAAUCUCAAAUAUAAAAUAUAUUUGGAUUUGUUUAACACUUUUUGGGUGACUACAUGAUUCCAUAUGUGUUAUUUAAUAGUUUUGAUGUCUUCACUAUUAUUUUACAAUGUAGAAAAUAGUAAAAAUAAAGAAAAACUCUGGAAUGAGUAGGGGUGUCCAGACUUUUGACUGGUGCUGUAUGUAAAUGAGAUAUUUCAUUUUCAAUAAAUUAGCAAACAUUUCUAAAAACAUGUUUGUUUUAGCUUUGUCAUUAUGGGGUAUUGUGUGUUGAUGGGUAAGAAUCUAUUUAAUCCAUUUUGAAUUCAGGCUGUAACAACAAAACGUGAAAUAAAUCAAGGGGUAUGAAUACUUUUUGAAGGCACUGUAGUUGGUUCAUAGAUUUGACGUGGAGCCCUUGAAUUAUUAGCUACUGCCGAAUGACUGGAGACUCGUCUCCACUGUUCUCUUUGUGAAACCCUGUGCCACAGGACUGGUGACGGAUGAGCACCUCUUCUCAUUUCGCCACACCCUGAAUAUUACGUGGUAGUAUAAAUAUUGAGCAUGCCUGACAGCUUCCAUACAAAGGAUGCAUAGACCUACUCACUGUCAGUUACACUUGAUCAGUCAGAGCGUGAGGAGUGAGCAUAAGGUCCACGUGCUGAAUACUUAACUACCAGUGUUCUUUGGAUACCCCAUCCCCAGAGAGACCGUGGUGGCUGAGCUGCUGCCUGGUCUUCGUGGCUGUGUGGUACAGCCAUAUGCCUGAUCAAGCCUGACCAUGGCUCCCCUCCUCUACUCUCCUCUAAGCCAUCUCUACAACCACAGGUGUUCUUCCUGCACUCAGUCUGUCUCCACACUAUUACAGUAUAGGAUUCAUUCACACUGGCAGACUCAUAGGAAACCUUCUUCUCGGGGAUCGAUCAGCCAAUCAACUGACAGGAAAUCCCCCCCCCCCCCCCCCCCCCCAUUUUUACUCUCACCAGUGACAACAGUAAAUCCUGGUGAGUCUAGUGAGUGUUCAGCCAGGGGCCUUAACACAGAGAGGCUGGGAGAGUUACCACAGCAGCCUGGCCUUCAAUUACUGCCCUCGUUAAAGGAGGGAGGAAGGAGGAGGGGAAGGAGGGAUAGUGAUGGAAAUAUCAGCAGUGGCUCUGUGUGUGGAGCUCUGUGGGUUGGGGUUUGGGAUCCAGAGAGCUGGGGAUAUGAUGUUAUUACUGGCUGCCAGACAGACUUGCUGACAUAGUUGGGGCUGACAUUAUUGGUAUUUCACCUGUUCUCCUUGGGGGUGAAAAAAUUGUUUGAGAAACUAAUAACCUGACUCUGCAAACUGAACACUCUCUCUGGUGGCUGAUUUGUUAUGGACAAAAUGGCCAAUGUUUAAUUAAAUUUGUGUUAGAUUAAUUACAAAUUGAUUAAUCUCUCUUCUGAUUUUUUUUUCUCCCAGCAUGUGCAUUGCUAUUAGCUCAGCUGGCUCUGACUUUGAAAUAUGUAUGUUUAAUAGCGGAGCAGUGAUUGCCCCUGAUGCAGGACUUCAACGAUUUGUCAAUAACAAAGUGAUUUCUAGCCCGGCAUGCAUCCUACUUUACAUCAAUGCGAUUCAGACUUUGUUUUGAGUGGACUGCAAUGGGAGCGAUGUCCUUCAGGAGGCCUUUCCAAUCAUAUAUCACCCGUUCUUCAGACAUGUACAGUACGACUGUGUUUCUUUUUCUCCACUGCAGGGCAUGGACGCGGAUGCCUUUGAGAAGAAGUUCAACACCAUGGAGGUGGAUUUCAUCCGCAGUCAGCAGCUGUUCUGCAGAGAUGUCCUGAGGCUGCACACUGGACAAAGGGCCGUGGUCAGCAACGGCAGGGUGAGUGGACAGGACUCUACAGUCCCUGUUUUACCAGUGUUAUAGUGAUACAGUCCACUGUCCACUGCAAUGACAUUAACACACCAGGAAAUGUAUUAUCUCAGCAUUACUUACCGAAUGAUACUAAACAUCAUAACAAAUAAUUAUAUGAACCAUGGAUUACUGUCAAUCGGGAGAGGUAGUAGAGCACAUUGACCUUUCGGUAAAGUAAGCGCUGUCAGUGUUGUCAGGGGGAGAUGAGAUGAGCGGGUUAUUCCACAGUAAGCUGCUGUAGGAGGUGAGUAUUAUUCUCUCUGGUGUUUCACAUAGCUCCUCUGGACUGUCCAGUCAGCAUGACGUCUGUUUCCCAGAGGUCACAGGUGGCACAGAGGGCUGCAGCGUGUGAGAGUGUGUGUUUGUGUGUGCGCUUGUCCGUGUGUGUGCGUCUGUGUGUGUGUGUGUUAUCAUAGAGCAGAGCUGAUGACUGAUGUCUCGGCAGCAGCAGCAGUGCUGACAGCAAAGGAUGAAGGGGCCAGACCCUGAGAUGGCAGUAACAAUUAAUAUCAUUUUACAUUCCUCUGCAGUCCGUCCAGCAGAGUAGGGGAUGCUUUCUCUCCUCUUAAAAUAGAAAGGGAAAAUGGAGAGGCAGCAGCCCUGGAACACAAUGACCAUAUGGGGGGAAGAGAUGAAACACCCAUCUCCCUUUAGAUUAGUACUUUAUUUUAGGUGGAUGCUCUGUACAAAAGUCCAACAUUCAAUGUCUAGAAACAGGUACAUCAGAGCACAUUGUUGAACUUUGACAUUGUUGAGGAAUGCAUUCUAUUAGUGAAAAUUGUUAAGGGAUUUUAUUUUUGAGGGUUGUUUGCUCUGUGUGGCACAUCACGUUUCCACUCUCUGAAAACAUUGAAUGUAAGGUCUGACCAUGAUUGUAUUCUCUUCUCUCCAUGCUAGAUCCUGGGGCCAUUUGAAGACGAGGAGGAAUUCAACGUAGAGGAUUUCCAUUUGUUAGAGAAGAUUACGCUGAGCACCACAGCCGAGAAAGUCAAAGCUAGAAUCAAGCAGAUGGGAACGAAGGGAAAGCAGUAUGUUUGUUAACAUCUCUCUCUCUCUGUUUGGACUCACUGUCUGUAGCAGUGCCCUGUGCUUCACCUUCUGCGAUGGACGCUGAUGCACAAAUCAUCAUUUUAUGAUGAAAGUCAAGUGAAAAUCAUUUCUCAUAUCCUAUGAUGAAAAUCAUAAGAUGUUAUCAAGUGAAAAUACUCAGAUCAUUUUCCAAAUCACUUCUCAUAACCCCUAGAGCCUCACAUUACGUUUAUUUUCUAAACUAUAAAAAAGACUACUGUUUUUGGAAAUAGUCUUGUGUAUUUCUAUGUGGAGAAAUGUCCGUUUUUAAAGAUUGCAGGAUCUGUCUUGAGCCAUAUUAUUCAUUCAAAAUGUCCCCCCCUGAAACAGAUUGAAGUCACAACUCUGAGCCGAGGACAGAUGUCUCUGGCUGUGUUCCAAAUGGCACCCUAUUCCCACAUAGUGCACCCUAUUCCCCCUAUGGGCCCUUGUCAAAAGGAGUGCACUAUAAAGGGAAAAGGGUGCCAUUUGGGACGCAUACUCUGGCUUCUCUCUCUGACUACCUUAACAAGCGUCAUCAAUAAGUGAUGGAAUAACCCUUGUACUCCUCUGCCCCCCAGAGCCAGCGAUCUAGUCAUGAAAGUGGACGCCCUCCUCGCCGCCGCCCCUAAAGGAGAGGGCAGGAAAGAUGUCCGCUUUGUCAAAGACAAGCACAGGUGAAGGAUAGCACUCUCACUCACCACUAUGUCUCCCACUACUGCACUUUCAGUUUCACCGGGCUUUCCUUUUGUUGUAAUGGGUCGGGGAAUUGCUAGUUGUAUCAUUUGGAAACGGUACUAAUAGGGAGAGGGAGUGUUGUGGAAGUAGAGCCACGUUGCCAACGUGUUGCUGAGUGUUGUGGAAGUAGAGCCACGUUGCCAACGUGUUGCUGAGUGUUGUGGAAGUAGAGCCAUGUUGCCAACGUGUUGCUGAGUGUUGUGGAAGUAGAGCCACGUUGCCAACGUGUUGCUGAGUGUUGUGGAAGUAGAGCCACGUUGCCAACGUGUUGCUGAGUGUUGUGGAAGUAGAGCCACGUUGCCAACGUGUUGCUGAGUGUUGUGGAAGUAGAGCCACGUUGCCAACGUGUUGCUGAGUGUUGUGGAAGUAGAGCCACGUUGCCAACGUGUUGCUGAGUGUUGUGGAAGUAGAGCCACGUUGCCAACGUGUUGCUGAGUGUUGUGGAAGUAGAGCCACGUUGCCAACGUGUUGCUGAGUGUUGUGGAAGUAGAGCCACGUUGCCAACGUGUUGCUGAGUGUUGACACUACCUUUUCUUCCUCCUCGCUAGCGUGCUCCAUCUCGCCCCUCGGGAAGACCAGGUGUUCUACGACGUGGUGGCCAUCGUGGACCCUGUGACCCGGGACGCCCAGAAGAUGUCACCGCUGUUGAUUGUAAGCAGCGCUUCCCUUUUCUCUAUCACCUCUAUUUCAUUGUGACUACGUCAAGGACAUUCAACAUUCGGUUUCAUUUGCAGGAAGGCUGCAGAUAUAUUGACAAGCUCCGACAAGGGCAAGUGUGAAAGUGCAGGCUGAAUGUUUUCAAACCCAUAACUGAUGUUAUUACUUUUCAUUAUUUUCAUUCUCUCUUUUAUAUAGGCUGAAAGGUACAUUUUCAAUGCUUCUUUACAAUUUCAUCAUUCAUUAAAUGUGACUUUCCCUAAAUGGACAUGUUUGUAAAUAGAUUCAGAGAUAACUCCUGAGUGGCGCAGUGGUCUAAGGCACUGCAUCGCAGUGCUAACUGUGCCACUAGAGAUCCUGGUUCGAAUCCAGGCUCUGUCGCAGCCGGCCGCGACCGGGAGACUCAUGGGCGGCGCACAAUUGGCCCAGCGUCGUCCAGGGUAGGGGAGGGAAUGGCCGGCAGGGAUGUAGCUCAGUUGAUAGAGCAUGGUGUUUGCAACGCCAGGGUUGUGGGUUCGAUUCCCACGGGGGGCCAGUAUAAAAAAAAUAUGUAUUCACUAACUGUAAGUCGCUCUGGAUAAGAGCGUCUGCUAAAUGACUAAAAUGUAAAUGUAAAUAACUAUAUUGCUCUGCAAGGGCUAUUCCAUGCUAAUUACCCAACUUGACAGAUAUUUGCCAGUUAUUUUUGCUGCACAGUGUGAAAUGUACAGCUCUGAGUUCCUCAGGGAAAAGGAAAGGACAGUGCUAUUUGGAGCUGCCUGCUUAUUCAGUCUGAUGAUGAUGAUUCACUGACACAAACCCACUGGCUGCACUCUGUACAUUAGCUGCCUGCCUGCCUGUUAUAUGACUGAGGUGAAUUCUAUGAGUCACCUUGCUAUCACUUCCUGAGCAGCCAGCCACUUCUGGUGUGAUGUGGAGUGUGUCGCGUUGGCCAGGAGAGUAUGUUGCAGUGUGCUGGGAUGCGGCGGUGAUCACCCUGCCACUCAAUCAGCUGCAGGCAGCCAGGCACGGCUGGGACACACGGGAGAGAACCAGCUGUACACAGUCGGACACGCUGUUCUUAUGCCCUCACCUCUGUUUGAAUCUUCCUGUCAACCUGAGCACUAAUCACUGUGUUUAUUAAGGAGAAACUAUGUCUUGUGUUAGCCAGUUCAAACAGAUUUUCACAGCGGGAUACAGUAGCUGAGUAAAGAUGGACAGCAGACUUUGAGCUUGUCUGUAGAACUUGGAGCGUGUAGGUUUACCCCGUCUGCUGAGUGGUUUAUUUUGCUGUGUACGCUAACUGGGUUCUGCCUCCCACUCCCCUCUUGCAGGUGCUCAGUCAAGUGGUCAAUGUGAAACUGCAGGUGUUUAUGAACUGCCGGGCCAAGCUGUCCGAUAUGCCCCUCAAGAGGUAAGCCUCCUCCUCUGCUCCUAAUUAAACUUCCUGCCCAAGUACUGUAGUGUGUGUGUGUGUGUGUGUGUGUGUGUGUGUGUGUGUGUGUGUGUGUGUGUGUGUGUGUGUGACCACCCAGGGCCUCUCUGAGACUACCCCACAGAUGCUAUCUGUUUAAUAACACCACCUUAUUGCUCUGGGCCUCCCCUGCUUCUCAAGACAAAUAGUUUAGAACAUAUAUGGUAGUGCAUAGAGGUGUGGAGGUUUUAAGGUAGACUCAUUCUCUUGAUCGCAUAGGUGCAAUUGAGUGGAGUUUCUUUCUUAACAUUAAUGAUAUUUGAUGGUAUCAGUGUGUAAAUGUUAACUUAAUUUGUGGGUUUAGGAGAAUAUGGGAAAAUGAAUAAUAAGCCAGUUUAGAGCACAAGACUCCUUCCAACUACCGCACCCCAGCAGUGACUGAGGGCUGCUAACUCUAUUGCUCACUAUUUGGGAUACUUUGCUACUGGCGAGCACAGGUGCAUCUCAUCCGCUGCCAUUGUGAGCACAUUGUAAUGUCUUCCAAGACUUUCAUGGCUUGAGGGGGAUGGCGAGGAGGAUAUCAGUUCAGUUGGCUGCCGUCUUCAGCUCUUUCUGACUUUUCUCUCUGUCUAGAAUUGGUUCACUCUUCCAAAUUUGGACCAAUCCAAUAAAGAUAGAGCGAGAGAAAGAGAGUUUCCUCUGGAGACUUGGUUAUGGCUCAGUAAUUUAAUCCUCUGUCCCCUCUCCUCCUAACUUUAUAUGCACCAGCUCUCGCUCUCUUCCACCCUGGAGUCAAAGCGCUCCUCUCUCUAACUCUCCCCAGCAGCAAGACAAGCUGCUGCGACUGAAAUUAACUUUUGAAAAAUCUUCUCGGGAGGAAAUGUGAGGAUCCUUUAGCCUCUGGGAUCGGUUGUCAGUUUUAAAUACAGAGAGAAGGUGUUAGUAAUAUUGAUCGUCUGCCGCUUUAUCUUUACUCAUUACGACUUCACUGUGUCAGAGGGCAGAUUGAAGAAAAAGCAAUUAGCAUAAAGAUUAGCAGACAAUAACCUAUGUGGAAACUCUGGCUGACUAAUACCAUAGAAGUAGAAUAUACUCUAUAUCUGGGGCAUACGUUCCUAUUAUUGGCCGAUACGGUUUCAGAUACCUCCCUUUAAGACACUGUAUCCUCAGCACUCACAAUAGAACGACUCCCUUCCCGAGAAAGUUAAAUAAUAUACAACGUGUAUGUCUAUAGCUAACAGAAGCUACUCAGUUGCGAUGCAUCUGUCUCAAAUGACCUAAUCUUGAUAAUUGUUAACAUUCACAGUUUUAGGUGAGAACCUAUCGACUUCUGUCACUCCUCACUGAACUCUUCUCUCUUUAGCUUCUACCGUUUUGUGUUGGAGUCGGAUGUGUCUUUCCUGGCCAAUGAAACAGUGUCUGCAGGACCAAUGGCUCACUUCUUGGAACUCCCUGAGUCGCCCCUCCUCACCCUGAACAUGAUCACCCCAGAGAGCUGGAUGGUGGAGGCAGUCAGGAGCCCCUAUGAUCUGGACAACAUCCACCUACAGGAGGUACUGAGCUAGGCUAAUGGGUAUCAGACCAAACCAAGGGAAGAGACGUGAUUCUCCUCCUUAACCCUCCCCCAGAUGGUAUUCUUCAUUUCCCCUCUGACCUUUUAACCUCUGUUCAGAUGAAAGGUGUAGUGACUGCAGAGUACGAGCUGGAGCACCUGCUGCUGGAGGGCCACUGCUUUGACCUGUCUACGGGCCAGCCCCCCCGCGGCCUGCAGUUCACCCUGGGCAUGAGCCAGGACCCCCUCAUGCAGGAUACCAUCGUCAUGGCCAACCUGGUGAGAACCACUCAAAUGUAGUAGUUGAAUGGGCGCCAUCUUGGCUCCAAGUUUCAUUAUGGCUCAAAUAGGAAUUUGAAUGGCAUUGUUAUGGAGGGUUUGGUGCUCAUAUGGAGACAGUUUGCAGAACUGUGUACAGCUAUGCUUCUGAUAAUGGACUCAAGGAAUGAAAAUAUAUAAAUAAAUGGAUCUCAGAUAAUUCUUUGAUGUUAUCUUAACCGAUGUUGUCAAUAGGGAUACUUCCAGUUGAAAGCCAAUCCUGGAGCCUGGAUCUUGAAGCUACGGGAGGGGAGGUCGGAGGAUAUCUAUCAAAUUCUAGCGUGAGUAUAGUCAGUCUACAGAGUCAAUAUUUUAGUUGAUUUUCCUAAUGAUUGAGCAUUAAUUUUCCUUUGAAUCUCCCAGUCUGCCAUCAGUUUUCUCUCAUCAUAUCAUGAUAUGAUUUCACUGCAUUCCAGAUAUAAGUUAGUAAUAUGUGUGAACGCAUGCAGAACCUGCUGGUAAUUAACUGUCUCCAUCUGUACAACAUCUGUUUUUUUACCUCAGUAACCGCUCGCUGGAGGUAUCAAGCACAUCGCUAUGGUAACGCAGGGAGCUGCUGACUUUGUUGCAGCUCAAGGUUUUGAUGAGUGCAGGGAGUUGUGCUGUGUGUGUAUGGCCUCGGAGACAGAGACUGGUGGGAGGAGGGAUGGAGGGAGGGAUGCUAUUAGAGGGAAGACCGAGUGGAGGGAUGAUUCAGCCGGUCACCUGCUCUAAACCCAGGAAAAUCAGCAGCACAAUAUCUUCCUGGCUGCUAGGAAGGGCGUGGGUGUGGAUUGCUGCUUAUACAGGGCACGUUGAUGUUUUUUUUUAUAUCCCAUGAUGUACAUUAACUGUAGUCGAUUUUAGACAUUCCUCUCUAGGGUUGCGGCUUGGUCAAGCCUUUUUGAAAUUCCAUGCAUUUAUCUAUCCGAUCUUUUAAAAACACAUAAAACUAAUGAACAAAUUAAUCUUAUUAAAACCGUCAUAAAUAUAUCACUCAUGACACCACUUGCAGUACUGUGCAUGGAAAUCCUAGAGAAUAUGAAUGGACAAUUCCGUGAUUCCGUCCAUGGAUCCAUACAGUACAUUGGGUCUCCCAGCUAUUACCCGCCCAUUCAUCUCCACACAGGAAAGGUUUAGGACACCUCCAGCCCUGGAUUCCACCACAAUCAUAUCAGACAACAAUAGUUAUUCCCCACUCCUCCAGGUUAAGCUAAAAGGUGUUGUCAUUUUUCACCUUGGCAGCGCCAUUAUUCUUGCUGUUAAUGGCUCUCUGCUCUGGUUAGGGGGGCCGAUCGGAGCAGAGUGGGAGUGUCUGUUCACUGCAUGUCCCAACGCCGUGCUCUCUCCUGUAGCGUACUGCCCCUGACAGCGAUGAAUGAGACGCCCAGCUCUCCCCGGAUACAAAUUGAUCUCUUGUGCUUUUCCCACCACAGCCCCUAAUGGCCUCGGCUGAGGCAGAGGCGACAGUGGACCAGUCCAAACCAAACAGCACUUUCCAACGGGGGAAAAUGCACUUUGUGCCCAAUGAGGGCGGACAUUUAUCAUAGUGAUACGGUUAAUUCUCUGCCUUUAGUAAGCACUGAAGUCAUGAUGGUUUGCUGAGCCAUGAUAGCCUAUUGCUCAUCUCUGGCUGUAGGUUGUUCAGUGGUGUUCUAACCCUCGGACCUUGGGUGUCUAAUGUUACUUACUCCACAGAGACACACUCUCCACUGGACAAGGGUUAAGAAUAGAGCACUGGGUCAUCUUAAAACAAUUACAGCCUAAGUCCAGUGGCCACACAAUUGAAACUACAGUGGUUUCCUCAUAAAGAAUGUGUCAAUAGAUAAAACAGAAAGCACGGUUGGAAAGUAACGACGGAUCAAAUGGAAUAAAAGGGAUGCUGAAUGACGAGCAGGGGGAAUUAAUAUGAUCAGAGCAAGACCUUGGCGUAGUUCCCAGAAAGGCCUGUUUGCAUGCAUUAUUCUGUUGUCUGUCUGAAUGCCUUGUCGGUGGUCCCCAGUGCUUUUCUCUCACCGUGUGUUUUCUUCCUGAGCAUAACCUUUGUUGUUGUCCUUGUGUUUUUUUCCCCCUCCCUCUGGAUUGAUGGGUUUGGCUGGGAGUGGGACACUCGUUCUGUGGGCUUCUUCACAGUUAAUGACACAUGUUAGCUGGUGGCCUACGUGUAUGUGGAUACUACAAUAUAUUGAACUGAAUACGCUAUGCAAGUGACGCGUCGUUUUCCAGGAAGCAGCCUUUUAGUUUUUUCAACUUUUCUAGACUUUUUGAAUGGUCUUCAGGGCAAAAACGUCAUAAAAGGCAUCUGGCAGAUGUAAAUUUAUCCACAAACUCAAAUAUAAUUUUAUAUAGCUAUAUAAUAUAAUAUAUAUUGCUAUAUACAUCUUAAAUGGUCAUGGUGAUCUGAAAGUAAAGUGGAAGAGUUGGUUACUUUCACAGGGAAGAGGCAAAUGGGAGAUGCUGUUCAGAGAAUACUAUGUCCAUGUUCUAACUAUUUCCCCCUAAUUGUUGGCUCUCUUACAGGCAUGAUGGGACUGAUUCUCCUGCUGAUUCUGGUGAUGUUAAAGUUGUGCUGAACAGCUUCCAUAGCAAGAUCAUCAAAGUCAGGGUAUGUAUUCUCUAACCACAUACACUAUAUGUACAAAAGUAUGUGGACACCCCUUCAAAUUAGUGGAUUUGGCUAUUUCAGCCACACCUCUCCAUAGACAAACAUUGGCAGUCGAAUGGCCUUACUGAAGACUUUCAACGUGGCACCGUCAUAGGAUGCCACCUUUCCAACAAGUCAGUUGGACUGAUACGCAAAACAAACCGGAUUCAAAACUUAGAAUCCUUCAAUUUAAAUUAUUAUAUACAAUUCUUGCUACCAAUGUUAUUUAUAUGGGGGAUACAAUCUUCCCAGCUCUGCAGAUUUUGCUGCGAAGAGACAGAAUCAUUAGAUCAUUUGUUUUGGUACUGUUCAUUUGUAGCUUGUUUUUGGACACAGGUCCAGGAAUGGCUAAAGGAUUGCAAUAUUUACCUGGAGCUAACCCUGCAGAUAGCACUACUGGGUGAUCUGAAAAGUCAUAGUCAAUCGAUCAAUAACAUAAUAAUACUAUUAGCAAAUCAAUUCACAAUCUGUAGAAACAAUGAGAAUAGAAAGGUUCAGAACUUUUGUAAGACAUCACAGUACAGUUGAAAUAUAUAUGGCAAAUAUAAAUCCUAUAUGGAUGGUGUUAAAAGAUAGAUGGGAGGUGUUGAAUGGAAUUGAAGGAUGGGACUAAUAACAACUAACAACAAACAAUAACAAGAUAACUAAUAAUGUAGGCACGCUGUGUCCAUAAUAAGUGUAUGGGUUGUAGGUUGGGAGCUUUUGUGAAGGAGCACAGUUAGAAAGAUAUGGCAUAUAGAAGCAAACCGGAUGGACAUCAUGAAAAUGAUCGGAGAGGUUGAGAGUAGAAGAAGUUCAGGAGAAAGAACAAACAAAAUGUAAUUAUUGUAAAAUUGACUGUGUCCAUAAAAUGUAGAUAGUGGGUAUGGGCUGGAAGUAGAGGCCUAGGCGUUGUUGUUCACUAGUUUACUCCAAGUGGGGAAAGGGUGGCGGGGUUGGAAAGUAAUAAAGGGGAAUAUAUAUAUAUUUUAAAGAUAUGUAUGUAUGUAUGUAUGUAUGUAUGUAUGUGUGUAUGUGUAUAUGUAUAUAUAUGUAUAUGUAUGUGUGUGUGUAUGUAUAUAUAUAUAUAUAUAUAUAUAUAAACAUGGGGGAUUGGAAGUGAUGCAGACAAUUACAUUGAUGGAAGUUACAAUCUAUCUGCAAUAUUAAGCUGAUCUACCCCCCAAAAAAAAAAAAAAAAAACAAGUCAGUUGGUCAAAUUUCUGCCCUGCUAGAGCUGCCCCGGUCAACUGUAAGUGCUGUUAUUGUGAAGUGGAAACGUCUAGGAGCAACAACGGCUCAGCCGCGACGUGGUAGGCCACACAAGCUCAUAGAACGGGACCGCCGAGUGCUGAAGCGCGUAGCGCGUAAAAAUCGUCUGUCCUCGGUUGCAACACUCACUACCGAGUUCCAAACUGCCUCUGGAAGCAAUGUCAGCACAAUAACUGUUUGUCGUGAGCUUCAUGUAAAUGGUUUUCCAUGGCCGAGCAGCCGCACACAAGCCUAGGAUCACCAUGCGCAAUGCCAAGUGUCGGCUGGAGUGGUGUAAAGCUCGCCGCUAUUGGACUCGGGAGCAGUGGAAACGCAUUCUCUGGAGUGAUGAAUCACGCUUCACCAUCUGGCAGUCCGACGGACAAAUCUGGGUUUGGUGGAUGCCAGGAAUACGCUACCUGACCCAAUGCAUAGCGCCAACUGUAAAGUUUGGUGAAAGAGGAAUAAUGGUCUGGGGCUGUUUUUCAUGGUUCGGGCUAGGCCCCUUAAUCUUAACGCUACAGCUUACAAUGACAUUCUAGACGAUUCUGUGCUUCCAACUUUGUGGCAAUAGUUUAGGGAACACGUAUGGGAUGAAUUGGAACGCCGACUGCGAGCCAGGCGUAAUCGCCAAACAUCAGUGCCCGACCUCACUGACGCUCUUGUAGCUGAAUGGAAGCAAGUCCCCGCAGCAAUGUUCCAACAUCUAGUGGAAAGCCUUCCCAGAAGAGUGGAGUCUAUUAUAGUAGCAAAGGGGGGACCAACUCCAUAUUAAUGGCCAUAAUUUUGGAAUGAGAUGUUCGACGAGCAGGUGUCCACAUACUUUAGGUAAUGUAGUGUAGCUCUAACACAAGCACACUCCAAGACAAUGUAGUUUGGAGAUAUUCACCCAUUUUUCGUAGUGUAAUGUGUCAUCUCCUAAUCUAAGGAUAUUGCAUGGAUUCAAGUGUACUUCCAAGCUUUAGAGAGAAAUGAAGAAAAAAAAACUGUGUGCCUCUAUCUAAUUCCCCACUGUAGGUUCAGAAAAAGACUGACAAAAUCAGCGAGGACCUCCUAAGUGAAGCCACAGAGAAUAAGGGAAUAUGGGAUUCCAUUGCUAGGUAAGAGUGUGUCGCAUUCUCACAUACAGUAGCUAUAUUUUACAUAGACUUCAUUUGAUCAAGUUACAUCAAUAGAAUGGUGGUAAGAGCAUUGAUUUGUGGGCGAGUUGAUCCACUAUCUAUGGUCACUAAUAAUGCUGCGGUUUCAGCAGGAGAGAUGGUGCCCUCGGAGCCAGACUGAGAUAUUACUCUGUAAAAUCUAUUGCAAAAAAAAUGUGCUACUGUAGACCUAGGUAUGUGUGUAUGUGUGUAGCGUGUUGUGUUUCCACUGACACACCCUAAUUGUGUGAUCUGUCUCCUCACCUAAUGCUUGCUGUGUGAAGUGUGUGGAGCACUUUUGAGAAAAGGUAGGACGUGUGUUGCUGCAACUACUUAACCUGUCUGUUUACCAUAUUGCUUAACAUAGAAGAGUCUUGGUUGCUUCCCAGGCUCAGUUCCUAAUGAUAAUUAUGCUUUUUAUUUUAUUUUUACACUGGUUAUUUUCUUACUGUCACAUUGAAGUCACUGGUACAAACCCUUAUUUUAUUGAACAUUAUAUUUUCUCAUGAAAAUAAUAUGCUUUGACGUAGAGAAAUACUGCUAGAACUGCCCACACAGUAAACUGACGUUGUUGUGGCUGUAGUAGGAACUGAAAUGCGGAGAGUUACAAUCCAGCUCUGGAGUUCAUCUGUGAUUGUACUCAGGCUAUGGAUGGGUGGACAAGGGUCAUUCCAGAGGUCUGGAUUAUCUGGUGCAUGUCGUCCAAACCAGCCCUCACCUGAAAAGCUGAAGACCUAAAGCUGCUUAUCUGGGGUCCCGCUGGAGCAGAGCGCUGUAGAUGGCAUUAUCUGGCCCUCACAAUGGAGGCCGCCUCUCGCCCCUCAGCCCUCGCCCCCUCCAGCCCUUCAUAAUGACAGGCUUAGCAAGGCCAAGCACAAGGCAUCCUCCGGACCACAGUGGUGACGGCCCAGCAACCAGCUCACUGUACCAGUGCAUUGGUGGGGCUUACAGUAACACUGUGAGGCUGGCUCUUGUAUGAGAAUGGAAGAGAGGAAGGCUUUAGCCUUGUAUGACAUGAAUAGAGGACUGAAGCAAAGAAUUCAAGCAGAGAGAGAGAGAGCGAGAGAGAGCGAGAGAGAGAGAGAGAGAGAGAGAGAGAGAGAGAGAGAUUUGACAGAUAUGACAGAUACAGACAAGUUGGACAGACUUGUAAGACAGGGAGAGAACAUAGACGGUUUGCUACAGUAUUGUGUGUGCGAGGGCAGAGAGAUGCAGACUUUCUUUCCCUCUUCAAUUCUAUGCGCUGGAGCCUCUGGGCCUUGCUUUGCUCUGCUGAUUGAGUGUGGGAGGAGAGACACACUCCCCUCAUCAGCAGUCUGUUACAGAGAAGGACACACAGUUUGACUGCAGACAUCACUGCCCCAAGCACAAGCCCUGAUUGGUUUCCUACAAAUGUGCCCUGCAUGAUCUUAUGAGUUUGGACAGUGCCUGGUUUGAUAAACACCUGCCUGGACUCCUACCUUUUAUCUUAGUUCAUGGCAUCUUUUUUAACAGUCAGUUUUUACAGUGCUAAUGUUUUUACAUGUUAAUUAUUAUUUAUUUUAUACUACACGCUAUCAGAUCAGUUUAGGCUAGAUUUGGAUUGGAUAUUGAAUAGAACCUGGAUACAGCACUUCCAGCUGCCUUUCUCUCCAUAGCAGCUUCUGGGGCUUUCACGCUUCUCAAAUACUCUGUUCACAUGCCAUGUCCAGAAUAGAUCCAUUCAGUCAAUACACCUGACUAUCCCAGAGGGUUCACCAAUCUCAUGACUGAGUCCAAAACCAUCUGCCAUUAGCAAGCCGAGUGGGAAUAGAGAGGAGCUAGUGCUCUGGAGGUGUUGUGAGAGACUAUUUAAUUAUCUGUUCUUUAUUUGAUAUUUGUGGAGGAAAACAGAAUGGGCCCCAUAAAAGUUACAUCUGCCUUUAUUGUGUCUCUGCUGUAAUCAGUUGAUUACUCUGGAGGAGAGCCAGCAGGAGAGCAGUGGCACUUUCUGCUGUAAAAGACACUAACAACUGAUCUAGGUCUACCAGAGUGGUGCCACGAUCUUUGCAAUUCUGUCGCUCAGCAAACGCUACUCAAGUGUAAAUUAUAAGUGAUUUAUGUUUGGAGAAUCAUCUCUGUUACUGAAAUAGUGCAGUAUGGUUCCUUCAGGCUGUAGCCAAGGCAUGCUGGCUAGAUUGUGAGGUAGUGGUGUUUGUCUGAGGAGGUUACUGAGCAGGCUACUUCAAUCAAGCUUAUGUAACGUGCAUGGUCCUUUGUAGCAUCGCAGGUGGUGGGUCUAGUUCAGAGGACAGAGAGAAGAACAGGGAGGAUGUGCUCAACAUCUUCUCUGUGGCCUCGGGCCAUCUGUACGAGCGCUUCCUGAGGUGAGACGCCCACACACACACACACACACACACACACACAGACGUACACUGCUGGUCUGGAGGCCCCACGCGCCUCUUGCCUUUUCUUAGCCCUCAUCCUCUGAGACUUACUCCUUCUCUCCCUCCCUCCCUCUCAUUCUCUUUCUUUCUCUCCCUCUCUCUCCUCCUGUUCCAGAAUAAUGAUGCUGUCCGUACUCCAGCACACCAAAACCCCUGUGAAGUUUUGGUUCCUCAAGAAUUACCUCUCACCGUCCUUCAAGGUAACCGCCUCACGGCUUGACUCCACACAAACUUUCUGCCUUCCUGUCUUGUCGUGAUAACUUUCUCCUCGCUGCAGCGCGACCCCUGGGAGAAAUAGAUUUGUUUGUGUUGAGGGAUGAAAGGAACUGUGGGAUGCCUUCUCCUUUGUGAUUGUCCUCUUUUUAUCCAUCUGUUCCUCUUCCUAUAGGGAUGAGUCCAUAUACAUGAACGCCUACUAAGCUACAUCAUAUAUAUCUAAAAUAGUCAAACGAGCCACAGGAAAUGGGGAGUGUUAUAAAAUUCUAUAAAUGUUCUGCAUUUGGAAUGUUUCACUAUUUAUGAAAGAUUCAAACUAUUUUAUGCUUCAAGGGCGCUUUGCUUGAUCUGUGAAAUGUGCAUUACCAAGUGCACAGUGUCUAUAUAUUUACAAUGAUCAAGUGUAACCUAUUUCGAACAAUUCCAGCUGGUUUUUGAGGAGGAUUUUAGUCAAUUCCUCACAAUAAUUGUUUUCUGAGACCAAAUGUCAGAACAUAUUGUACAUUUUCUCAUUAACCUAAAGAAGAAAAAUCAUUCUUUUUCUGCUAGGAACUAUCUAUUUUUUCUCUCAUUAUAUGAGGUUGUGUGUUUAGGAGUCCAUACCUUACAUGGCUGAGGCCUAUGGUUUCCAGUAUGAGCUGGUCCAAUACAAAUGGCCCCGCUGGCUCCACCAGCAGACUGAGAAACAGAGGAUCAUCUGGGGUUACAAGAUCCUCUUCCUGGAUGUCCUCUUCCCCCUGGCUGUGGACAAAAUCAUAUUUGUGGACGCUGACCAGGUAACUGUCUAGUGAAAACAAGAUACCGCUGUUACAAAAUCAAAUGGAUACCCAUAAUAAAAAAUUAUAUAUCACCUAGAAGAGGACCUGCAGGAUUUGUGCAUGUCAACCGACCGGUUUUAGUGCUGUCAUUGGUGCUGAUUUACUGUUGUUCCCGGUCCUCACAGAUAGUCAGGGCCGAUCUGAAGGAGCUGAGGGAUUUGAACCUAGAGGGCGCCCCCUAUGGGUACACUCCCUUCUGUGACAGUCGGAAGGAGAUGGAGGGCUACCGCUUCUGGAAGACUGGCUAUUGGGCCUCACAUCUGGGGAACAGGAGAUACCACAUUAGGUAAACACCGCUACAAUACCUACACAGUUUGACGUUUUGAUUUGAAGCACUAUUGUGUAUGCUAUUAAUGUCCACCAGCCACUGGAAGUGCAUUUUUACAAUGUUACUAUUGCAUAGUAAGCACAUAUUCUUUGCUAAUGCAUACAAGCUUGACAGUUAUGGUAUCCUCCUCUUUUUUCCCUUUUUAAGGCCGAUGCACUGUCAUUGUAUUGAUAUUUCACAUAAGUUAUUCGCCGAAGAGAUGAAGGAAAAUACAAUUCAAGGAAAAUGUGUUCCCUCAAUGUAUUCAGCAGAAUAAAUGCAUACAUUAGAAAACAGUAACGUUCAGUAUUUGACAGUGACUCCUUUGAGUCGACUAUUGGCGGUUUAUACAGAAACAUUCAUGGAUUAUUUCCUGUCCUUCACAACGAGGCAUAACAUGGUUCUCAGAGGGGACUGUGGGUGUGGAAGAUGCAGCAGGAUCCUAUCCUCUGCAUAGAUAAAUUACCUUCUCUGAUAAAACAUUCCUUUUUCUCUCUCACACAGACGAGAAUAUUUGUAUCACAACUACAGUAUCGCACCUCUAUUCGCUGCUUGGGGUUGGUCUUCAUUGACAUGUUGUUUCAUUCCUUGCACUCUGUGAGACUGAACCAUGAAAGCCAUACGAUAUGUAUGUGGAACACCACAUUGAACAGACAGUUACUUCCAGAAGUGAGAAAAUAUCUUUACUUCAGCCUCAAUAUUUACAGCCCUGUGUCCGCAUUGCUAUACAUGAAUAACUAGGCAUGGUAAAAAAGGAAAGGGACUAGUGCACUGGUUCCUUGUUGGGAGUGUGGGGGUGCUGCUGGCCCGUUUGAAGCGGCUUAAUUCAGCCAGCCAGCCCUGCUGAACAUAUUAAUCUCCCCAGCGAGGCGCUCUAUCCACUGGGCCAGGGCCAGAGCAGGAGUCCAUUGCCUGGGAGGCUAGCUAGCUGGAACAAAGGCCGCCAGCAAAUCAGGAACAUUUUAUUGGAUUCCAGCAGGCUGCACAGCUGCAUGGGGCCAACCACAGCCAAGCAGGGUAGACAGGGUGUGAAAUGAACCAAACCACAGAGCUCGCUGAAAUGCCGGUAAAUUAUCCUGUAUGAAUCAGAUUUAAUUUAGUCAGACUGUCAUGAUCUGUGAUGGGAGUCAUGGCACAUUAAGUACGUGGCACCUUUGUGUAUGUUAACAUGAUACACUACAUACGCUUAUAAAUGUGGAUGACUGGGACAUUUAGCUUCGGUUUAUGAUAGCAGUAUUUCCCUCUAGGUGGGUUAUUCAUUUCAAAGCAUUUUGACUGUUUCAUAACCGUCUCCUCUCUCUCUGUCCAGUGCUCUGUAUGUAGUGGAUCUGAAGAAGUUCCGGAAGAUAGCAGCAGGAGACCGACUACGUGGCCAGUACCAAGCCCUGAGCCAGGACCCCAACAGUCUGUCCAACCUGGACCAGGUGAGAGGGACAUCACACACUUCUCUCCGUCUCAAUGGCUGGACAACUACUGAAUUACAAUGACAUGCCCGUAGCAGAGGAUCUGUUUCUGCUUACCUUUUGAAAAUUCUGUCAGUAAAUGUCUAAUUACUAUUAAUUGAAAUGUAGAGUAAAUGUUUGAUUUCAUUCUGCUAGGACCUGCCCAACAACAUGAUCCACCAGGUGGCCAUCAAGUCCCUGCCCCAGGAGUGGCUUUGGUGUGAGACUUGGUGUGACAACGCAUCCAAGACCACCGCCAAGACCAUUGACCUGGUGGGUCUAUGUUCUAUCUAUCUGACUGACUGACUGAGGAAGGGCAUCUCAUUACUAUGCCAGACAUACUCUUACUGAUGGAAAUGUCUCUACAACACACCCCCUUAACAGCAGCAUAUAGCAUAUAUAGAAUUCUCCAUCGUCUACCUCUGCAGGAAGCAAGAAUAAUCCUAGCUGAUAUUUAGCAGCUAACACAGUCAAGAAUAGAAGUGUAAUUUAUACGUUCACCUCCACUGCUGUGAGCUCCAAAAAAACUGUUAUUUUAGUUUAGUUGGGGAUUCAAUAGAGUUGAUAGAGUAAAGUAAAUGUUUAUACAGUAGCAGUUGACCGUCCUAGUGUGGCUUUAUCAGUUACAACCUGACAGUUGUAGCAACUUCAGCAUAGCUGUGAGUCCACUUGCGCAAAGGGAAGGCCACCAUUUCUUAGUCUAUUCCGCAAGAGCUUGUAAAAGUGCUGACAGCCUCCCAUAUUCAUUUUUAUUGAGGAAGAGCAGUUCAUACUAAGUGCCAAUCUUUUGAGUAUGGAUCCUAUGUAGAGUCCAUGAUGUUGACUCUCAGUGUUAUUGCAUAUCCUUUUAGGCUCCAUAACUUCUAUCAUCCAUCCAGUAAUGCUAAUGUGUUUGGCAUUUAUCUGCUCUAAGCUUUUGUGAUGACAGUAGAAAAUAUGGGAAAUUGGUGUUAUUUCCCCCAUCUCCUAAACUAAUUAUGACGAUAGAGUGAAGAAUUGGCUGUGGGAAUAUCUGACAGGCUCACAAUGACUGCAUACUCUUUUCUGACCCUGGGACACCAGCGAUACAUGAGAUACUGUCUCUUUUAAUGGAGAAGAAAAUCGGAUCAGCUUUAAAUGGUAGCCGCAGACACCGGGAGGGGUUGUUGUGUUGUGAGGAAGUCCACUGUUCUGGUGGAAGAAGUCAUGACUGAUGUGUCUGUCUGCGUUAUCUGCAGUGCAAUAACCCCAAGACCAAGGAGCCCAAGCUGUCGGCGGCCGUGAGGAUCGUGCCUGAGUGGGUGGAGUACGACAACAAGAUCAAACAGUUACUGCGAGACGUCCAGGAGCAGAAAGACAAUGACCGAGCAACGCAGAUGCAGAGCCCGACGACUGCACCCUCCUCCUCUCCAGAGAAGACAGGUUAGCAUACAGAGACAGAACACUCACUCAGUUUCCAGUCCCGUUAUAGCUGCUUCCAUACGGUAGAGAAGUCUCUGAACAUAUCAAUCUAAAUCCCACUGGGCACAGAUGUCAAUUCAACGUCUAUUCCACAUUGGUUCAAUGUAAUUUCAUUGAAAUGACGUGGAAACAAUGUUGAUUCAACCAAUGUGUGCCCAGUGGGGUGUGUGUACAGUGGGGGAAAAAAAGUAUUUAGUCAGCCACCAAUUGUGCAAGUUCUCCCACUUAAAAAGAUGAGAGAGGCCUGUAAUUUUCAUCAUAGGUACACGUCAACUAUGACAGACAAAUUGAGAAAAAAAAUCCAGAAAAUCACAUUAUAGGAUUUUUUAUGAAUUUAUUUGCAAAUUAUGGUGGAAAAUAAGUAUUUGGUCACCUACAAACAAGCAAGAUUUCUGGCUCUCACAGACCUGUAACUUCUUCUUUAAGAGGCUCCUCUGUCCUCCACUCGUUACCUGUAUUAAUGGCACCUGUUUGAACUUGUUAUCAGUAUAAAAGACACCUGUCCACAACCUCAAACAGUCACUCUCCAAACUCCACUACGGCCAAGACCAAACAGCUGUCAAAGGACACCAGAAACAAAAUUGUAGACCUGCACCAGGCUGGGAAGACUGAAUCUGCAUUAGGUAAGCAGCUUGGUUUGAAGAAAUCAACUGUGGGAGCAAUUAUUAGGAGAUGGAAGACAUACAAGACCACUGAUAAUCUCCCUCGAUCUGGGGCUCCACGCAAGAUCUCACCCCGUGGGGUCAAAAUGAUCACAAGAAUGGUGAGCAAAAAUCCCAGAACCACACGGGGGGACCUAGUGAAUGACCUGCAGAGAGCUGGGACCAAAGUGACAAAGCCUACCAUCAGUAACACACUACGCCGCCAGGGACACAAAUCCUGCAGUGCCAGACGUGUCCCCCUGCUUAAGCCAGUACAUGUCCAGGCCCGUCUGAAGUUUGCUAGAGUGCAUUUGGAUGAUCCAGAAGAGGAUUGGGAGAAUGUCAGAUGAAACCAAAAUAUAUUUUUGGUAAAAACUCAACUCGUCGUGUUUGGAGGACAAAGAAUGCUGAGUUGCAUCCAAAGAACACCAUACCUACUGUGAAGCAUGGGGGUGGAAACAUCAUGCUUUGGGGCAGUUUUUCUGCAAAGGGACCAGGACGACUAAUCUGUGUAAAGGAAAGAAUGAAUGGGGCCAUGUAUCGUGAGAUUUUGAGUGAAAACCUCCUUCCAUCAGCAAGGGCAUUGAAGAUGAAACGUGGCUAGGUCUUUCAGCAUGACAAUGAUCCCAAACACACCGCCCGGGCAACGAAGGAGUGGCUUCGUAAAAAGCAUUUCAAGGUCCUGGAGUGGCCUAGCCAGUCUCCAGAUCUCAACCCCAUAGAAAAUCUUUGGAGGGAGUUGAAAGUCUGUGUUGCCCAGCGACAGCCCCAAAACAUCACUGCUCUAGAGGAGAUCUGCAUGGAGGAAUGGGCCAAAAUACCAGCAACAGUGUGUGAAAACCUUGUGAAGACUUACAGAAAACGUUUGACCUGUGUCAUUGCCAACAAGGGGUAUAUAACAAAGUAUUGAGAAACUUUUGUUAUUGACCAAAUACUUAUUUUCCACCAUAAUUUGCAAAUAAAUUCAUUAAAAAUCCUACAAUGUGAUUUUCUGGAUUUUUUUCUCUCAUUUUGUCUGUCAUAGUUGACGUGUACCUAUGAUGAAAAUUACAGGCCUCUCUCAUCUUUUUAAGUGGGAGAACUUGCACAAUUGGUGGCUGACUAAAUACUUUUUUUCUCCACUGUAUCAAUGUAUUUUCCCCCUUUAUUUUAGCUUUUUUAUUUCGUUUUUGUCAACUUAUUUACAGUUACCCCAAAUACAACCCAAUGUCCUGACAGGUCUAAACGGUACCAGAUAACAGCAGUCAUUUCUCACCCUUGUUUACCUUCCAGGAAGCGAACGUGAUGAACUCUAGCGCCUGCCCACACUGCUGAAGAGGAGAGGCAUAUUUGCACCUAAUUCUCCUGUGAAGCUUGAAGACUACAAAGAUGAUGUACAUUUCCCACAAACGUACUUUACUUAGCCAAGAAGUAUUAUGCCUUCCAUUGGAAAAGACAGAGGGACAAGAGAAAAUCUUUUUUAAAGAUUUCGUACAAGUUUUCUAUCCAGAGUAUGUGUCUUAUGAAGGAAAUCAUUUAAUGUAACCCUUUCUUGUGGUUUAAUAUCAACUUUAUGGACAGUAGUUUGCUUCAUGGUCUUCUCUUAUGUAAAGAAGUAUAAAGGGUUAAGAGGAAGUCAAGAUUGGUGUAAGUCAUUUACAGUCUGUAAAAGGCAUUUGAAAUGAUUGCUCUGAUCCUGUAUGCAAAGAAUCAAAUGAAUGCGGCACAUUCAUAAGCUGACUUUAAGAUCAGCUUACAUUUGAAUUUUCAUGAGAUCAUUCUUAGCAUUAUUGCGCACCAAGCUACAUCUAAAUUGCCUGGUAAUGUAGGCUGCUAAUGGGCCUUUUGGUUCGUCUGUUAUUGAUUGGUGCGAUAUUGCCAUUGACUUAAAUGCCCCAACCAAAGUUGUAGAAUCAGCGCUUGGAGACAAUGUUACAACAUUUUGAUAAUUGAUUUAUUGUACUACUGGCAAACAAUUGCAAUGAGGGCUCACAUGGCUCAUAUCUGUGCAUUAAUGUACUCUGCUGUAUAGGGGUUGUAGCUUACACUACACACACUGUGGUCCGAGGCCCACAAUGCUGUCUGUCUGAAUGAUUGCUUCACCAACCAUUUCAAAUCUCUGCCAAGUGAUGCAUUACUACAAAUGCUUUGUUGCCAGAUAGAGAACCUUUAUUGUAAUCACUGGGAGUAGGACAUGGAUCUCAGCAUUUCACUAUCCAUUUGCAAGUAUACGUACAUCACAGUACGGUACAAUCUAAAAUUAUUAAGUUAUCAAUGUUUACAUACCUUGUGUUUGUUGGUUAAAGUAUGUUACAUUUUAGACUGCAUUUUUCAAUAACUUGAAAUGUACAGCAAAUCUUCUCAGGAAUGAAAUAGGUGUUGAUGCAUUAUCAAAACACAUUUUAUACCUGUCACUGUCUUGUCUUAACAGCCAAUAGCAGGGAGCUUGCUCUUAAAAAGCUCAGCUUUUCACCUCACUGUGUGUCAAAUGAAGGUGUUUCUUGUCUUUGUCAAUUUCAGGUGUGAGGAAUAAAAUCGGUCUGUGCUACCAAAACCUCA